CCCCGCCGCCCGUUGCUUGGUAACCGCCCGGGGAUGGUGCCUGCGGCCUUUAAACUCAACCUGCACUCCCGGGAGUGAACACUCAGCCUCCUCUCCCCCGCCUGGCCUGGAGCGAGCACUCAGCCUGACCUCUUCCACCCCGGGGCAGACACCAAACUAAAGGUGAGUCCCCCCUCCCCCCAACAUGGAGACUGAUACUGGGGGUCCCCCCCAACAUGGAGACUGAUACUGGGGGUCCCCCUCCCCAACAUGGAGACUGAUACUGGGGGUCCCCCUCCCCAACAUGGAGACUGAUACUGGGGGUCCCCCCCUCCCCCCCCAACAUGGAGACUGAUACUGGGGGUCCCCCCUUCCCGAUGGAGACUGAUACUGGGGGUCUCCUUCCUCCAACAUGGAGACUGGGGGUCUCCCUCCUCCAACAUGGAGACUGGGGGUCUCCCCCUCUUAUAGUGUGUGUGGAUAUUGGGGGGUUCUCCCCAUCUUAUAGUGUGUGUGUGGAUAUUGGGGGUGGCUUCCCAUCUUAUAUAGUGUGUGUGUGGAUAUUGGGGGCUCCCAUCUUAUAGUGUGUGUGUGGAUAUUGGGGUUCUCCCCAUCUUAUAGUGUGUGUGGAUAUUGGGGCCUCCCAUCUUAUAGUGUGUGUGGAUAUUGGGGGUUCUCCCAUCUUAUAGUGUGUGUGUGGAUAUUGGGGGCUCUCCCAUCUUAUAGUGUGUGUGUGGAUAUUGGGGGUUCUCCCAUCUUAUAUGUGUGUGGAUAUUGGGGGUCUCCCAUCUUAUAGUGUGUGUGGAUAUUGGGGGUCUCCCCAUCUUAUAAAGUGUGUGUGGAUAUUGGCCCCCAUCUUAUGGGUGUGUGUGGAUAUUGGGGGUCUCCAUCUUAUAGUGUGUGUGGAUAUUGGGGGUCUCCCCAUCUUAGAGUGUGUGGAUAUUGGGGUCUCCCCCUCUUGUGUGUGUGUGGAUAUUGGGGUCUCCCCCUCUUAUUGUGUGUGUGUGUGUGUGUGUGUGGAUAUUGGGGUCUCCCCCUCUUAUUGUGUGUGUGGAUAUUGGGGUCUCCCCCUCUUAUAGUGUGUGUGUGUGGAUAUUGGGUGUGGCGAAACCAACCUCGCCACUGUGCACUGGAGAAGCCUGGUUGCUCGCCUGCAGCCUUUGGACUAUGGCCCCAUGUUAAGACAUCUUUUUUCCCUGCAGAAAAUACUUAUUCGUGCUUUUCUGCAGGGUGUUCGGUAGAUUUGUUUGAGUAUGUUGUGCCCCAGAUAGGAGCCCAUUCGCAUGAAACUGACUGUGUUAAAGACUUUGGCUCCAUGGCGAUUACACUGUAUUCGUGUGGUCUGAGCACCAUUCGCUUAAUAAUGUGCGCUCAGACCUGAGCUAUCUGGGGAUAUGUAGAACGUAUGUUUUAUGUACUGAAUGUAACUUUAGGUAAUUUUAUGUCUUUUACUGUUUGUUUUCUGCCAUGUGGUUAAUGGAGUUUUGCCUCUGUCUUUGGAGAUAAUUGAAUUACUUCUCAAUUAUCUCCAGAGCAGAGAGGAGGGAUUGUGAUGCAUUGUGGGAUGGUUGAAAUGUGUAAGUCUGUGAUUGGUCCUUUUACCCUUUGUGUCCCAGUCUCCCAUUUGGUCCACUAGGGGAGUGUCCACCAGGUGGGAGACCUGCAUAAAAGCCGGGCAGUUAGCCCCAGUAAAUCAGUUCCUGCUUAACCCUCAAAGUGAAGUGUCGUCUCAUUAUUGGGGGAGGAUUUACUGUAUGCUGUUAGAGACUGAUUGCCAGGAGUGUAAGCUGCUUGGGGGCUUUUCCUGUUUGUCUGCUGGCAGUUAUUCGUGUGUCUCCAGUUCGGGAGUUUCGAGUAUUCCCUUGGUAUGCAGUUCGGAAGUUGGUGAAUUCGUGGGUUUGCAGUUCAGGAGAUUGGUGCUUGCAGUAGCUGUCGGUGCAGCUGAAAAAGGGGAAUAUCGCCUAAACGGUUUUUAACCUCUUUUGGGCAAAACGUUCCGUUACAUUGGGGUCUCCCCCUCUUAUAGUGUGUGGAUAUUGGGGUCUCCCCCUCUUAUAGUGUGUGUGGGUAUUGGGGUCUCCCCCUCCAACAUGGAGACUGAUACUGGGGUCUCCCCUGUUAUAGUGUGUGUGCGUUUAGUAGAUCUUCCCUUCCAGAGACACAGGCACAGCUACUGUAGACACCAAUACACCGAACCGGAGAAGCAUUUGAAUGCUCUCAAACAUACGAUUGCUGUAAACAGCCGAAUAGGAAAAACCAUACAUAGUUACAUAGCUGAAAAGAGACUUGCGUCCAUCAAGUUCAGCCUACCUCAACAUUUGUUUUUUGCUGUUGAUCCAAAAAAAGGCAAAAAAAAAACCAGUUUGAAACACAAUUUUGCAACAAGCUAGGAAAAAAAAUUCCUUCUUGACCCCAGAAUGGCAGUCAGAUUUAUCCUUGGAUCAAGCAGUUAUUACCCUACAUUGAAACGUUAUAUCCUUGAAUAUUCUGUUUUUUUGCAAGUAUGCAUCUAGUAGCUGUUUGAACAUCUGUAUGGACUCUGAUAAAACCACUCCUUCAGGCAGAGAAUUCCACAUCCUGAUUGUUCUUACAGUAAAAAAACCUUUCCUUUGCCUUUUCUUCUUUUCUUCCAGUAUAAACGCAUGACCUCGUGUCCUAUGUAAAGUCCGGUUUGUGAAUAGAUUUCCACACAAUAGCUUGUAUUGGCCCCGAAUAUAUUUGUAUAAUGUUAUCAUAUCCCCUCUCAGGCAACGUUUUUCUAAGCUAAAUAGGUUUACAUUUGUUAACCUUUCUUCAUAGCCGAUAUGUUCCAUUCCUUUUAUUAAUUUUGUAGCCCGCCUCUGCACUUUUUCUAGUGCCAUAAUAUCCUUCUUUAGAACAGGUGCCCAAAAUUGCACAGCAUAUUCAAUAUGAGGUCUUACCAGUGAUUUAUAAAGAGGCAAAAUUAUAUUCUCGUCCCGAGAAUGAAUGCCCUUUUUCAUGCAUGACAAUACCUUACUGGCCUUGGCCACUUCUGAUUGACAUUGCACAUUAUUGCAUAGUUUGUUGUCGAUAACAAUUCCCAAGUCCUUUUCAUGUGUUAUCCCUAAUUCGCUUCCAUUAAGGGUAUACGUUGCUUGUGUAUUCUUUACGCCGAAGUGCAUACCUUUGCAUUUUUCAACAUUUAAAUUUCACCUGCCAUUUGAGUGCCCAGUCCCCCAGUCUAUCUAAAUUCCUCUGCAGCAAAGUAAUAUCUUGCUCACAUUGUAUUAUUUUACAAAGUUUUGUCAUCUGCAAACAGUGAAACAUGACUUUCAAUGCUGUCUUCAAGAUCAUUUAUAAACAUGUUAAAUAGAAGGGGUCCCAGAACAGACCCCUGAGGGACACCACUUGCCACCUCUGUCCAGCUUGAAAAUUUACCAUUAAUGACAACUCUUUGUACUCUGUUUUUAAGCCAAUGUUCUACCCAAGAACAAGCAUUUUCAUCUAGACCGAUUUCCUUGAGUUUGAACACUAAUCUAUAGUGUGGAACUGUAUCAAAUGCCUUGGCAAAAUCCAAGUAGAUCACAUCCACUGCAACACCCUGAUCUAUACUUCUACUUACUUCUUCGUAGAAUGCAAUUAGGUUAGUUUGACAUGACCUGUGCUGGAUGUUUGCUGAUAACCAUGUUCUUCUCAAGGAAUUCUUGAAUAUUAUCCCUUAACCUUUCAAAUAUUUUACCAGCCACAGAAGUUAAGCUCACAGGUCUAUAAUUUCCAGGCAAGGAUUUUGAACCCUUUUUAAAUAUAGGAACCACAUCUGCCUUCCUCCAAUCCUCCAGAACACUUCCUGGAAGAAAAGAAUCUUGAAAGAUUAAAAACAGAGGUUCACUUAUUUCUACACUUAGUUCCUUACACUCCUAGCAGUCAAACUGGAACAGCAUACAAUAAAUCCCCCCCCAGAACAAGACAAAUCUCCGUCUUGAGGGUCAAGCAGUGAACAGACAGAGCUGUUGGGUUUAUUGUUCUUAUAUACACAUUAGUACCACCCAAAGGGUUUUGGAAAACAACCAAUAAACACAUACAAUACACUCACACUCCCACACAAAAUCCUUCUCUCUGCCUGUGAUACAAUUACCUUACACAAUGGGUAAUGUAAUUAUCACAAGCAGAGAAAUACAGUUUUUCCACAUUAUUCAUAACUUGAAAAGUAUGCAUCACAUUCACAUAAACAUUUUCAGACUCCGCAUACUCCAAAUACAAACAUAUGUCAAAAUCAUCCAAAUUGGUCCAUUGGUUCAAAAGAUAGAUCAUAGUCCUUUGUGACCAAAUGAAGCAUGGCUUUUGUAGCGGAGCGGCAAUAUUAAAUUCCACGAUCUCCGCUGGUUCAGAAGGUAAUCCACAGUCAAGCACUGAAAAGUAAGGCAAUAUCCCAAAUCUCCCAGUAACCGGACGAAACACAGUUCUGAUAGUCAACUGAGGCUUUAUUCACAGGCUCCACAAUUUAUACAAUAACCCAUGCAAGGGGUUUCCUGAGUCACAUCACAGGGGUAUUUCAGGAGAGGACUACAUGGGAAACUUACUGUACAGGGCAUUUCUCCCAUCAGGCCCUGCUGCACGAGAGGGAUCCUCCCACUGGAAUGUACCGUUAAGUGGAUUAUCCCUCCAUGCAGCAGAACCGGCAAUUUAUAUUAAAAUACACAACUUUUCGAAUAUUAGGUCUAUUUGCACGAAUGGACGUUCGGUAGGUAGCUGGGGUCUGAGUGCGUCAUUUGUGAGAUUACCGCUCAGAUCCCAGCUACAACAACCGAACGCCGCACGAAAAACAUUCACCAAAACAUGCAUUUAAAAGACCGAUUGAUAUCUGUGGACUCAAAUACCGAACGGCCCGGAACUCCCGAACGGCCUGGAAGUCCAGCGGUGUUCGCGCCAUCGAGUAGCCGCUUUUAGUACCACGCGCUCGACGACCAAACACCGCUGGAGGAACAAAGGAUGGCCGACCGCCGCAUGGUCGGUAGUCGAACGACGGCCACCUAGGAGAGCCUCUAAUUACCGAUUGCAACAUUGUUGCAAUCGGUUAACAAGCGCCACACGUCUUUUAGUGGGUGGGAUAUUAAAAGAUAGUUCAUUUGGUUCACGAACAGCCCGCAAAGGCGCUCUUCGUGAAAUGAAAUGAAAUACAGCUAUCUGCUUUUGGCAGAUAGCCCACACAGGCAAUGCAAUAAUACGGUUUACAUUACAUUGCAACCAGGUACAUAUAACGUUAUAAGAACUAUACAGGCAACCCUUAAAGCCAUAGUCUCUCUGUAUUGUCCAAGUGGCUAGUUUUGCCACAGCUUUUCUGCCCAAAACCAGUUCCACAGAGUCUUCUAUCCUGGAGAUAAUUGGGAAGUAAUCCAAUUAUCUCCAAGGACAGAGGCAAAACUCCAUUGAACACAUGGCAGCAAUAAAAUACAUAAAAACAUAUAACUGUGCAGCCAUUGCAUAAAACAUGUACAGUCAACAUAUCCCCAGAUAGCUCACAUCUGAGCGCAUAUUAUUACUGAAUGGCGCUCAGAGCACACACAUACAGUUCAAUUGCCAUGGAGCCAAAGUCUUUCCCAUAGUCUUUCAUUAUACGAACGGGCUCCAUGGCAUAGCUAUCUGGGGUAUCACCGCUCAAACAGGGCAAGCACCGAAUGACCCGGCUUUCGUGUCUUUGCAGGGGAAAAUCAAGCGUUUCAACAUGGGGCCAUAGUCUAAAGGCAGCAGACGGCAACCAGGCUCCUCCAAUGCACAGUGGUGAGAUUGGUCUCGUCACAGGAGGGUUUAUGUCUGAGCCACUGUGUUUGGCUAAUGUAUCAUACUUGUCCCAGUCUUCCAUCUGGAGACCAGCAUAAAUACCGGGCAGGUAGCCCUCAUUAAAGCAGAUUCCUGUUUUACCCUCAAGACAGAGCUUGGUCUCGUGUUUUGGCGGAUUGCUACUUUGGGGUAUUCUUUCGCCAGCUCAAGGAGGAGAGGAGGGGUUCGUAUGAUUCUCUGUUCGGGAGUUUGAAGCAUUCCCUUAUAUUCCGUUCGGGAGUUUGGCGGUAUACAGCAACGGUGCCUGUGUCUCUAAAGGGGGAAGAUCUACUAAACGGCAGUUUCACUCCUUUAUGCCGGGAGUGUCUUAACAUUGGGGUCUCCCCCUCUUAUAGUGUGUGGGUAUUGGGGUCUCCCCUCAUCUUAUAGUGUCUGUGUGGAUAUUGGGGUCUUCCCCAUCUUAUAGUGUGUGUGUGGGGGUAUUGGGGUCUCCCCCCUUCUUAUAGUGUGUUGGGGUCUCCCCCCUAUUAUAGUGUGUGUGUGUAUAUUCGGGUCUCCCCCUCCAACAUGGAGACUGAUACUGGGGGUCUCCCCCUCUUAUAGUGUGUUUGUGGAUACUGAUGGUCGCCCCCUCAUAGUGUGUGAGGAUAUUGGGGUCUCCCCCUCUUAUAGUGUGUGUGGAUACUGGGGGUCUCCCCUCUUAUCGUGUGUGUGUGUGGUGGGUAUUGGGGUCUCCCCCCAUCUUAUAGUGUGGGGUAUUGGGGUCUCCUCCCAUCUUUUGGUGUGUGAGUGGAUAUUAGGGUCUCCCCCUCUUAGUGUGUGCGGAUACUGGGAGUCUCUUCCCCCCCCCCCACUCCCCCUCUUAUAGUGUGUGUGUGUGUGUGUGUGUGUGUGUGUGUGUAUACUGGGGUCUCCCCUCUUAUAGUGUGUGGAUAUUCGGGUCUCCCCCUCCAACAUGGAGACUGAUACUGAUGGUCUCCCCCUCAUAGUGUGUGAGGAUAUUGGGGUCUCCCCCUUUUAUAGAGUGUGUGUGAAUAUUGGGUGUGACAGAUCCCUCUGUCUUAGAACUAUAGUGCUUUCCUGGUGGAUUUGUGUAAUUGUUUGUCCAUACUCCCCCGUUCGUUUGUUUUAUAAUCUACCAAACAAACUGCCGAACGGCCGGCAACCCAGAAGAGGAGUGUGCUGCUGGUUAACCUAUUGGGCCCCAAUUCGAUCGUUGUAGUUAACCGCAAACAUCUCUGUGACGAGAGCAAUCUCACCACAUUGCUUUGGAGAAGCCUGGUUGCUCGCCUGCUGCCUUUGGAUUAUGGCCCCAUGUUAAAAGACUUUGUUUCCCCUGCAGAAAAGACUUAUUCGUGCUUUUCUUCCCGGUGUUGGUAGAUUCAAUCUACCGAACAACCGCACGAAUGACUAGACCACCUGGGAGCUGGAGUGUGCCGGCAAUUAGCCUCCCAGAAGCUGCGGUUAACCACAGCUUAAUUGACGAAUACUGGAUUGCCGCCAUUCGUAUAAUGAACACGAGGUCGCGGCCAUUUUAAACACGCGAAUGCACAGCGGUGUUCGACGCUUCAUUCAUGGAACUAAAAUCGGACACAGUUUUGCGCGAACACUGCUGAAGCCGCCGACCUCCCUUCUUGUUUGGUGAAAGUGCACGAACGGCCCGGUGUUCGGUAGUUGUUCCUGACUGCACUAUACCCCAGAUAGGAAUCCCAUGGAGCUCAUUCGUAUGAGAACUGACUUUGUAAAUAAUAAUGUGCGCUCAGACCUGAGCUAUCUGGGGAUAUGUUAAAUGUAUAGUUUUAUUGUAACUUCUGUCACAUAUUGUAUUUUAACAGUAAUUCAUGUUUUAGUAUCCCCACGUGCAUAAUGGCGAUUUGCCUUUGUCAUAGGAGAUAAUUGAAUUACUUCUCAAUUAUCUCCAAGGCAGAGGGGAGGAAGCCAGGAUGCAUUGUGGGAAUAUAAUGUGACUGUGUGUCCUAUUUGUCUGUCCCUUGUCCCAGUCUCCCAUUUGGUCCCCUAGGGGAGUGUCCACCAGGUGGGAGACCUGCAUAAAUACUGGGCAGGUAGCUCUCAUUAAACAGACCACUGCUUGACCAUCAACACGGAGCCUUGUUUCGUCUUUGGGGGGAUUUACUGUAUGCUGAUAGACUGAUUGCUAGGAGUGUAAGCCGCUUGGAUGCUUUUCCUAUUCGUCUGCUAGCAGCGAUUCGUAUAUUUCCAGUUCGUGUGUUUGGAGUGCUAUAUUGUAUGCCGUUCGGGAGUUUGGAGCAUUCCCUUACAUGCGGUUCGUGAGUUUGGUGUUCUACAGUAGCUGUGCCUGCAUCUCUGAAAGGCUACGAUCGCCUAAACGGUUUUAACCCCUUGUGUGCUGAAAUGGUACGUUACAACCUCCCAAUUAAAACCGUAUGCCGACCACAAGGCGGCGGCCAUCUUAGAUGCAUGAAUACACAGCGGUGUUCGCCGACCAACUUCUGGAACUCAAAACGGACACUUUUUUUUUUUUUUCUCCCGCACACCGCUGAAAACCGCUGACCUCCAUUCUUUGUCAUCCGGCAUACGAACACCAGUCCGUUCGGGACUUUUUAUUUCACCAAUGCACUUAACCCAGAUAGCCAUCCCAUGGAGCCCUUCAUAUACUGAAAGAACAGUGUGAAAGACUUUGGCUCCAUGGCGAUGGAACUGUGUGUAUUGCAUCUGAGCGCCGUUCGGUAAUAAUGUGCGCUCAGAUCUAGGCUAUCUGGGGAUACGUUAUAUGUGUGGAAUGCAUUCGGUAGUCUUGAAGUUAUGGAAUUUUAUGUAUUUUUACUGUACUAUUUUAAAAUGGCGUUUUGCCUCUAUCUAUGGAGAUAAUUGGAUUUCUUCCUAAUUAUCUCCAGGAUAGAGAGGAGGGCUUGCUUGUACAAAGGGGAGGGUUUAUGUCUGAGCCACUGUGAUUGGCUACUGUACCUCAUUUGUCCCAGUCUUCCCCUAGGGGAGUAUCCACCAGGUGGGAGACCUGCAUAAAUACCAGGCAGGUAGCCCUCAUUAAAGCAGAUUCCUGUUUUACCCUCAAGACGGAGCUUGGUCUCGUGUUUUGGGGGGUUGCUACUUUUGAGUAUUCUUUCGCCAGUUUAAGGAGGAGAGGAGGAGUUCGUAUGAUUUUCUGUUCGAGAGUUUGAAGCAUUCCGUUCGGGAGUUUGGCGGUCUACAGCAACGGUGCCUGUGUCUCUAAAUGGGGAAGAUCUACUAAACGGCGGUUUCACUAAUUUAUGCCGGGAGUGUCUUAACAUUGGGGUCUCCCCCCCUCCCCCAUCUUAUAGUGUGUGGAUAUUGAGGUCUCCCCCUCUUAUAGUGUGUGCAGAUAUUGGAGUCACCCCUCUUAUAGUGUGUGUGGAUAUGGGGGGGUCUUCCCCCCCCCCCCCUUAUAGUGUGUGUGUAGAUAUUGGGGGCCUCCCCCUCUUACAGUGUGGGGGGGAUACUGGGGGUCUCCCCUCUUAUAGUGUGUGUAUACUUGGGGUCUCCCCCUCCAACAUGGAGACUGAUACUGGGGGUCUCCCCUCUUAUAGUGUGUGAGGAUAUUGGGGUCUCCCCAUCUUAUAGUAUGUGAGAAUAUUGGGUGUUACGAAAUCGCUACAGACAGAGAUAACGUUGUUCAUUCUUAUAUUUCACCCAGAACCUUGCUUCGGUACCAUAAUUUUGUACCCAACUCCCCGAACCGAUUGCCUGAUACUCAUUCAUUAUACGAACGUACCACCCGUCCCCUGGCGUGUGCCGCCACUUAACCCCGGUCACCUUUCUAAUAACUGAACGGUUUCUGCGGUUAACCGCAGGUUAAGUACCCCUUCCCGGCGGUCUUCGUUCGUUCGUCUCCCGAACAGCUGGGACAUCCAGCAACAGAGUGGGGAUUCGUGAAAACCCCUAGCCGUUCCUUGUUCCACGAGUUUGAGGUCGAGGUCCCGCUGCCUAUUAACUCACUUAAAAACAUGUCCGCCAUCUCAAGCCCGGGACCAAAGACACGAACAGACUUUAUAACGAGGAAACUAAGCGUUCAGUUCGUGGGUUUUGCGCGCUCUUGGGUUAACUGUUUCGCCCAGACCGGGGCUACAUAAUGAAUGGUAGAAUGCACGAAUUAUAUAUGAAACUGUUAAAGUUAUGUAUUUCUUUAUCCUGUGUUUAUGUGGCAAGAAAAUGUGGUAAUUUGGGCGCUUGGAGAUAAUUGUAUUGUCAUGACUACUGGAUUCAUUAUCUCCAAGCUGGGCGGUAACAAUUUCAAAAGAUACAUUGUAUUCUUAUUGGUUAACCACUUGUAUUGUCCCUGUAUCCCAUCAGGUCCAGGGGGGGCUGUCUCUGGACCUGAGAUUUUGCAUAAAUACUGAUAACUGUGUGCCAUUAAAGCCAGUUCUUGCUUGACCUUCAAAUCGCAGCCUCGACUCGUUUUUGUAGGGAAAAAGGUAUCCUAGUUAUAUCAUAACUAGUGGGAUUGUUCUACACUUACAGGAUUCCUAUGGUCUACUAGCUGAAGCGGCUUCUCUCUCUUUACAUCGGAAUCCAGACCAUCCAAGCGGUCCAGCUUCCAGUUAGCCUGAGAGUAACCUGGUGUAACGGACCGUUUUGCACAAAAGGGGUAAAAACAGUUUAGGCGAUUGGCCCCUUUUCCAGAGAUGCAGGCACCGCUACUGCAGAGCACCAAACACACGAACCGCCAAUAAGUGAAUGCUCCAAACAUUCGAACUGCAUACAAGGGAAUGCUCCAAACACCCGAACUGAAACCUCACGAAUAGCUGCUAGCAGACGAACAGGAAAAGCACCCAAGCGGCUUACACUCCUGGCAAUCAGUCUCUAUCAGCAUACAGUAAAUCCCCAAAGACGAGACUCUCCGUGUUGAGGGUCAAGCAGUGGUCUGUUUAAUGAGGGCUACCUGCCCAGUAUUUAUGCAGGUCUCCCACCUGGUGGACACUCCCCUAGGGGACCAAAUGGGAGACUGUGACAAGGGACAGACAAAUAGGACACACAGUCACAGUAUAUUCCCACAAUGCAUCCUGGCUUCCUCCCCUCUGCCCUGGGAGAUAAUUGAGAAGUAAUUCAAUUAUCUCUCAAGACAAAGGCAAAUCUCCAUUAUGCACGUGGGGAUACUAAAACAAGCAUUACUGUUAAAAUACACCAGGUAAGACACCUUACAUUAAAACUAUACAUUUAACAUAUCCCCAGAUAGCUCAGGUCUGAGCAAACAUUAUUAAGUGAAUGGCACUCAGACCACACGAAUACAGUUUAAUCGCCAUGGAGCCAGUCUUUAAUUCCACGAACAGGCUCCAUGGCAGGCUAUCUGGGUACUUGCACACCGAAUACAAUUGCAGCACUAAAAGUCCCGAAUGCUCCGUUGUUCGGUUCCCAAACGGGUUUGCAGACUUCCAGCCUCAGCGGGGCUUGUAAGACAAAAGUGUCCGCUUUUGGUGUCCUGCCGCUGGGUAGAACAAGCGCUGGCUACCCGGGGAGCUUCCAUAACACCGCCAUCGUGUGGCGGCUAGGUGUAACAGCAACCACCCAGUAAUUGUCAAUUAAGCUGCGGUUAACGGCAGCUUCAGGGAGGUUAAUUGCCGGCACACUCCAGCUCCCAGGUGGCCUAGUCAUUCGUGCGGUUGUUCGGUAGAUUGAAUCUACCGAACACCAGGCAGAAAAGCAGGCGAAACAAAGUUUAUAUUUUUUUUUUUUUAACAUGGGGUCAUAGUCCAAAGGCAGCAGGCGAGCAACCAGGCUUCUCCAAUGCAACCAGGGGUCUCCCCCUCUUAUAGUAUGUGAGGAUAUUGGGGUCUCCCAUCUCCAACAUGGAGACUGAUACUGGGGGUGUGACAAGACCAAUCUCACCACUGUGCAUUGGAGGAGCCUGGUUGCCCGCCUGCUGCCUUUAGAGUAUGGCCCCAUGUUGGAACGCUUGAUUUUCCCCUGCGAAGACACGAAAGCCAGGUCAUUCGGUGCUGGCCCCGUUGGAGCGGUGAUACCCCAGAUAGCUAUGCCAUGGAGCCCAUUCGUAUAAUGAAAGACUUUGGCUCCAUGGCAAUUGAACUGUAUGUGUGUGCUCUGAGCGCUAUUCAGUAAUAAUGUGCGCUCAGAUCUGAGCUAUCUGGGGAUAUGUUGAAUGUACCUGUUUUAUGCAUUGGCUGCACAGUUAUGUUUUUAUGUGUUUUAUUGUCUUUUGCUGCCAUGUGUUCAAUGGAGUUUUGCCUCUGUCCUUACUUCCCAAUUAUCUCCAGGAUCGAAGACUCUGUGGAACUGGUUUUGGGCAGAAAAGCCAUGCUUCAUUUGGUCACAAAGGACUAUGAUCUAUCUUUUGAACCAAUGGACCAAUUUGGAUGAUUUUGACAUAUGUUUGUAUUUGGAGUAUGCAGAGUCUGAAAAUGUUUGUGAAUGUGAUGCGUACUUUUCAAGUUAUGAAUAAUGUGGAAAAACUGUAUUUCUCUGCUGGUGAUAAUUACAUUACCCAUUGUGUAAGGUAAUUGUAUCACAGGCAGAGGGGAAGAUUUUGUGUGGGAGUGUCUGAGUGUAUUGUAUGUGUUUAUUGGUUGUUUUCCAAAACUCUGUGGGUGGUACUAAUGUGUAUAUAAGAACAAUAAACCCACAGCUCUGACUGUUCCUGCCUGACCCUCAAAACGGAGCCUUGUCUCGUUCUUGGGGAGAUUUAUUGUAUGCUGUUCCAGUUCGACUGCUAGGGUUUUUCCUAUACGGCUGUUUACAGCAUUCGUAUGUUUGAGAGCAUUCAUAUGCUUCUCCGGUUCGCUGGAUUGAUGUCUAUAGUAGCUGUGUCUGUGUCUCUGGAAGGAAAGAUCUACUAAACGGUGGUUUAACCCUUUUAUACCUGGGGGUGCCGUUACAGGGGGUCUCCCCCUCCAACAUGGAGACUGAUACUGGGGGGUCUCCCCUCUUAGUGUGUGUGAAUAUUGGGGUCUCCCCCCUCUCAUAGUGUGUGUGUCUGGAUGUAGCGGAGAGGCAGUAUAAUCCACGAUAUCUCCGCAGGGUAACAGGAACAACAAAGGAUAAUCCAGGGAAUCAGCAUAGAAUAAUCCAAACAGCACUGCAGUAACCCUUCCUUCCCAAGAACUAGAAGACACAUAGGCUGGGAGUCAACUGACAACCUUUUAAUCGGCAGGACAAUUUAUACAAGUCCCCAUGCAAGGGGUUUCCUGAGUCCCUCCCCAGGGGCACUCCCAGAGGGGACUACAUGGGGGACUUUCAUUACAGCAUAUUUCUCCCAUCAGGCACCGCUGCACGAGAGGGAUCAUCCUCCCAGAAUGCACCGUUAAGUGGAUUACCCCCUCGUGCAGCAGAACCGACAAUUCACACAAAAAUCCAUAACUUGGGAAAUAUACAGUGGAUUUGCACGAAUGGACGUUCGGUAGAUAGCUGGGGUCUGAGCGCAUCAUUCGUGAGACUACCGCUCAGAUCCCAGCUAAAAUAACCGAAAGCCGCACGAAAAACACAAUUCGUAUAAAACAUAUGAAAAGAACCGAUUGCUUGAAGGGAACAAAAUACCGAAUGUCCCGAAACUCCCGAACGCCCUGGAGGCUCAGCGGGGCUCGUGCCGUCGAGUAGCCGUUUUUAGUACCAGGCACUCGACGGCAUAACCCCGCUGAGGGAACAAAGGGUCCAAGAUGGCCGACCGCCGCAUGGUCGGUAGUCGAACGACGGCCACCCAGGAGAGCCUCUAAUAACCGAUUGCAACAAUGUUGCAAUCGGUUAAUUAGCGCCACACGCCUCUAAGUGUGUGGGCUAUUAGGGGGAUAUCGCGUUCGGUUCACGAACGGCCCUCCAAAGUGCCGUUCGUGAAACGAAAGGGAAUCCCCAUUCAAACCGCCAUUUGCAUUCGGCGGAACAGACAAUUACAGGUAAUGCAGGGAAUACAUGAAGCAGACACAUACAGGUUAAACGCAUAUCUCUCCAGACCUAUCGGCAACCCUUAAAGGCAUAGUGUCCAGUUAUAGUCCGAGUGGCUAGGUUUGCCACAAUGCUCCCACAGAACCAAGCCGGCAUACACAGUCUGAUCCCAACGGAUCGGCUUGGGGAUGUCCGGAGGAGUACUCACGAAUCACGGCUCCAAGUCUGUUUGUCUAGACAACCCGUCGGCGUUGCCAUUUUGCUUCCCAGGGCGGUAGUGGAUAGUCAAGUCAAAAGGCUGCAGCGCCAAACUCCAGCGUAGCAGCCUGGCAUUGUCUCCGGACACCCUGUUCAGCCACACCAACGGGUUGUGAUCCGUGAGUAAAGUGAAGGGUUGCCCGUAUAAGUAGGGUUGCAACUUUUUGAGGGCCCACACCACAGCCAGGCACUCCUUUUCAAUGGCGGCGUAGCUUACUUCCCUGGGUAAAAGUUUUCGGCUUAGAUAAGCUACGGGGUGCUCGCCGCCAUCGGGUCCAACUUGGCUCAGUACUGCUCCCAAUCCAAACAUAGAAGCGUCUGUGUGGACGAGAAAGCGUUUAGUUGGAUCGGGAGCAGAAAGUACAGGAGAGUUAACAAGCGCCGUCUUGAGCUGUUGGAACGCCUGCUCACACUCUGGGGCCCAGACUACUAACUUAGGGAGAUUCUUGCGGGUCAGGUCUGUGAGGGGUUUGGCAAGGGCGCUAUAGUUGGCCACAAAUUUCCGGUAGUACCCGGCGGUCCCUAAAAAGGCGAGCACUUGGGUCUUGGUGCGAGGGGUAGGCCAUUGGGCGACUGCCUCUAUUUUAGCAGGUUCGGGUUUCUGUUGCCCACUCCCUACCCGGUGCCCUAGGUACUGGACUUCCGCCAUACCUAUAUGGCAUUUGCUGGGUUUUAGGGUCAGUCCGGCCUCUCGGAUUUGGUCUAGAAUGGCUCCUAUGUGAACCAGAUGUUCGUGCCAGGAGUGGCUGAAUAUGGCGAUAUAAUCUAGAUACGCGCAGGCAUACUCCUGGAACCCAUCUAAUAAUCUGUCCACCAUUCUCUGAAAGGUAGCUGGAGCGUUUUUCAUCCCGAAUGGCAUGACCUUAAACUGAUACAGGCCAAACGGGGUGACAAAGGCCGACUUAGGGAUGGCGUCUUCUGCUAAUGGAAUCUGCCAGUACCCUUUGCACAGGUCUAUAGUGGUUAGGUAUUGACCCCUGGCCAUCUUGUCGAGGAGCUCGUCUAUCCGGGGCAUGGGAUAUGCGUCAGAGGUCGUUUUAUCGUUGAGCCGUCGGUAGUCUACGCAGAAACGGGUCGUCCCUCCUAACUCUAUCACUCCUAACUGAAUCAUCUCCUCAAUUUCCUUGCGCAUACUUUCUUUGACUGCUUCUGGCGUGCGAUAUGGGGGUUGGCGCAAGGGGGUCUGAUCUAAAGUUUCUACCUUAUGGGUAGCCAAAGGGGUAUAGCCUGGUAAACUGGAAAACGUGGCCUUCUUUUCCUGAAGCAACCUUUGUACCUGGGCCCGCUCUUGGGCAUUUAAACGUUCUCCUAACUGUACCUCUCCCAGAUCUCCGCUCUGGCCCUCUUGGUCUAGGAGAUCGGGUAGGGGUAGGUUAUCAAAAUCUUCUGUGGCAGGGGCACAGAUUGCGGUGACUUCCUCAGUACGUUCAUGGUAGGGCUUGAGCAUGUUCACAUGGAGCAUGCGUUUGCCUCCCACGCCGGUAACCGGGCCGAUCACAUAGGUGGUGUCACAGAUCUGUUCCACCACUCUGUAUGGGCCCUGCCAGGAAGCCUGCAGCUUAUCUUUGUGGACUGGUCGCAAGAUUAGGACUUUCUUCCCCACCUGGAACCUGCGGUCCCUGGCUCCCUUAUCGUACCAUCUGCGCUGUCGCUGUUGCGCUACCUGGAGAUUGUCUCGGACGGUCUGGGUCAGCCUCUCCAGGCGUUCCCUGAACUCGAGCACAUAUGGUAAGAUAGGGGUGCCAUUAAUGGUUUCGUCUCCCUCCCAGUGUUCCCGUAUCAAGUCAAGAGGUCCCCUCACUCUCCUCCCGAAUAAUAAUUCGAACGGAGAGAAUCCGGUGGAUUCUUGCGGCACUUCUCGAUACGCGAACAGUAGGUGGGGUAGAAACCUCUCCCGGUCUUUUUGGGUGUCCAUGAACGUGCGGAUCAUUUGUUUCAGGGUUCCGUUAAACCGUUCACAGAGCCCAUUGGACUGGGGGUGAUAUGGGGAGUUGAGGACUUGUUGUAUCCCACAUAUUUUCCAGAGCUGAUGGGUCACUUCAGCAGUAAACUGGGUGCCUCUAUCGGAGAUAAUCUCCCGGGGAAAUCCUACCCGGGUGAAUAUUCUCAUCAGGGCCUCGGCUACCGUUUCUGCGUGUACGUUAGUUAGGGCCACUGCCUCGGGGUACCGGGUGGCAUAGUCCACCACGGUUAGGACAUACUUCUUGCCGGAGGGGCUGGGUUUGGCGAGGGGACCUAUGAUGUCUACUGCCACCCUACUGAAUGGUUCUUCAAUGAUGGGCAGAGACCAUAGUCGUGCUUUGUACCUGUCCCCUCUCUUGCCUACCCUUUGGCAGGUAUCACAGGUCUGACAAUAUCGCCUAACAUCCUGGGAAAUACCUGGCCAAAAGAAAUUUUGGGUCAGCCUGUGCUUGGUCCGACUGAUGCCUAGGUGUCCAGACAGGGGGAUAUCAUGGGCUAUGCGUAACCGCUCUAACCUAUAUUUUUGGGGCACUAUUAGCUGUUUAAUGGGCAACGGUAUGGACCCGGACACUACCUUCUCUGUGUGCCGAUAUAGGAGUCCCUUGUCCCAGAUAUAUCUUUCCCCCUCUAACCCGGCUUGAUCUUUAUCAAUGCGGUCUUUGUAUACCUGUAACGAAGGGUCUAGGGCCACUUCGGCCCCGAACUCUAUGGAAUUGGCCAAGGGCAUGAUAGGGGGUAGGGGAGGGUCAUUGCUUACCUGAGCCUCAGAGUGAUCGGAUGGUGCUGUGGUGCGGGCUUGUUGCCGGGUCACAACCGGGUAUGCUUCUUGUAUGGUGGGCUGUGGAACAAAAGCUGAGGUCAGCUCCCCCAAGUCGUUGCCCAAAAUCACAUCCGCUGGCAAGUCUUGCAUCAUCCCCACAUAUACAUUCCCGUGCCCCGCUCCCCAAUUCAAGUGCACCUUGGCCGUGGGUACUUUGUAAAUGGCUCCCCCAGCCACCCGCACAGCCACACAGUCCCCCGUGAGCUUGGGCUUUGGUACCAGAUGACUUCGUACGAGUUAGGGUGGCCCCAGAGUCACGAAGUCCUUGUACUUUCCUCCCCUCCAUGUGAACUUCCUGGCGGUGCCCUUGGCGGUUAUCGGAGGCGGCCUGGAUGGGGUUCACCUUGUGUAGGGUGCCGAGGGGUUCCUCCUGGGUUGUCCCCAGCUCCAGAUUCUGGUAGGACUCGGCCUGUAUACAGUGGACUGCGGCACGGUUGCUUGGGGCGGCGUUAUUCCAGCUGGGUCGAGGCCUGUUCCGUGGGCAGUCUCUCUAAAUGUGCCCCUGUUGGUUGCAAGUAUGGCACCGGAUGGGUUGACGUGCUGAAUACCUGGGGGGGUAGGAAUUCUGGCUUACCCCUGGUCGCUGGUGGGUUGCGGGGCCCCCUGGAGUGCUGGUCGUUGCAGGGGGGAUGACGGCUCGGGUUGGUAUGGGUUGAUCUCUCCGAUUGUCCUGGAACUCGUCUGCCAUAUUAGCCGCUUCCUGCAGGGUGUGUGGUUUUCUGUCCCGAAUCCAGUUUUGUAGGUAUGUCGGGACGCCAUUGAAGAAUUGCUCCAGUACCAUUAGCUGGAACAGACCCUCCAAUGUAUCAACUUGGGCGGCCUCCAGCCACCCCUUGGCAGCUCGUUGCAGCUGGUGCGCCCACUCUACAUGGGUGUCUUUAGUGGGUUUUUUAAUGUCCCGAAACUUCUUUCGGUAUGCCUCUGAUGUGAUGGCAUACCUGGCUAGGAUGGCCCGUUUUACUUUAGCGUAGUCUCUACUAUCCUCGUCUGGUACUGCCCGGUACGCUUCAGCGGCUCGCCCAGAUAAUCUCCCCGCUAGUAGGGGUACUCUGUCUGCAUUGUUAAUCUCGUGCAGCAAACACAGUCUCUCGAAGUCCUGUAAAUAGUCGUCAACGCCACCCUCUGUCUCCACAUAGCUUUUGAAGGCUUGGUAUGGGAUUUUAGCUUUCCCUGGGAAAAUCUGUACUGGCGUUGCGGCUCUUUCCCCGGCUUGCUGGUUCCCUUGCGGUCUCCUAGCCAUAAUGUACUCCUGUACGUCCCCGAAAAGCCUGUCAACCAUCUCUGCAGAUGGGGGUUCAGGGAAUAAAGCCAUUCGUGCUCGGAAUUCGGCUGUAAAUUCGUGGGUUUCUCCCUCCAUUUGAGGUGCUGCAGCAGCUGCAGCUCUGUCUCCUUCCAUGAGCUCUGUGAUUAGGACAGCCUUUGCCUUGUUACUGGCGAUUGCUCCUCUUGCUUCCAGCAGCUCCUUUAAUGUGCUCCGUUUUAGCAGGGCGUAAUUUGUUCCCAUUCAUCUGCUGUUCGUGAGGUUUAUUCGAAUGCGCUAAUUCCCGAAUGCCUGUUCCUUGAUUCGUUUAAAAAUCUGCCGAACGUUGCUUUGCUGUGUGUAUUCAAUCCCGUCGCUUGCCACCAAUUGUAGCGGAGAGGCAGUAUAAUCCACGAUAUCUCCGCUGGGUAACAGGAACAACAAAGGAUAAUCCAGGGAAUCAGCAUAGAAUAAUCCAAACAGCACUGCAGUAACCCUUCCUUCCCAAGAACUAGACGACACAUAGGCUGGGAGUCAACUGACAACCUUUUAAUCGGCAGGACAAUUUAUACAAGUCCCCAUGCAAGGGGUUUCCUGAGUCCCUCCCCAUGGCCACUCCCAGAGGGGACUACAUGGGGGACUUUCAUUACAGCAUAUUUCUCCCAUCAGGCACCGCUGCACGAGAGGGAUCAUCCUCCCAGAAUGCACCGUUAAGUGGAUUACCCCCUCGUGCAGCAGAACCGACAAUUCACACAAAAAUCCAUAACUUGGGAAAUAUACAAUGGAUUUGCACGAAUGGACGUUCGGUAGAUAGCUGGGGUCUGAGCGCAUCAUUCGUGAGACUACCGCUCAGAUCCCAGCUAAAAUAACCGAAAGCCGCACGAAAAACACAAUUCGUAUAAAACAUAUGAAAAGAACCGAUUGCUUGAAGGGAACAAAAUACCGAAUGUCCCGAAACUCCCGAACGCCCUGGAGGCUCAGCGGGGCUCGUGCCGUCGAGUAGCCGUUUUUAGUACCAGGCGCUCGACGGCAUAACCCCGCUGAGGGAACAAAGGAUCCAAGAUGGCCGACCGCCGCAUGGUCGGUAGUCGAACGACAGCCACCCAGGAGAGCCUCAAAUAACCGAUUGCAACAAUGUUGCAAUCGGUUAAUUAGCGCCACACGCCUCUAAGUGUGUGGGCUAUUAGGGGGCAUCGCGUUCGGUUCACGAACGGCCCUCCAAAGUGUCGUUCGUGAAACGAAAGGGAAUCCCCAUUCAAACCGCCAUUUGCAUUCGGCGGAACAGACAAUUACAGGUAAUGCAGGGAAUACAUGAAGCAGACACAUACAGGUUAAACGCAUAUCUCUCCAGACCUAUCGGCAACCCUUAAAGGCAUAGUGUCCAGUUAUAGUCAGAGUGGCUAGGUUUGCCACACUGGAUAUUGGGGUCUCCCCCUCCAACAUUGAGACGGUUACUGGAGGGGGUCUCCCCCCUCCAACAUGGAGCCUGGUAGUGGGGGGGGUGGGGGCGGGCUUCCCCUCCAACAUGGAGCCUGAUACUGGGGGGUCUCCUGUCUUAUAGUGUGUGUGGAUACUGGGGUCUCCCCCUCCAACAUGUAGACUGAUACUGGGGGAUGGGGUCUCCCCCUCCAACAUGGAGACUGAUACUGAGGGGGGGGUCUUACCCUCCAACAUGGAGACUGAUACUGAGGGGGGGUUCCCCCCUCCAACAUGGAGACUGAUACUCGGGGGGGUCUCCCUCUCCUGUAGUGUGUGGAUAUUGGGAUCUCCCCCUCCUGUAGAGUGUGUGUGUGUGUGUGUGUGUGUGUGUGUGUGUGUGUGUGUAUAUUGGGGUCUCCCCUUCCUAUAGUGUGUGAGUAUUGGAGAAGGGGGGUCGCUCUUGUGUAGUGUGAGGAUAUUGGAUGUGACUGAGAUUGGAUUGGCAGGAGAUCUUUAAUGAUAAAUUUAUUUAUGAAGGUUAAUGAGAGCUGACAUUGGGUGGUGAGAAGGGAUUAAGAGCUCCCUGUUUGUAAGAAAUUGGGGCUGCUGUGUGUCCAUUUAAUUUACUAUUCUCUAAUCCACUCAUUCCCUUUGAGGGCGGCUCAUCCUGCUGAUGGCUUUUAACCUAGUUGGGCUGUCUCGGCACGGUUUAACACAGUGUAAGCUUCUUAACUGUCAGUGCAGCAGGUGGCUCUGUUGAACACGUUCCAGUAAGUGCUUUUCUUUUGACUGUCCGUUGCUGUCUCUGGGGCCCUCUUCAUCCAGUCUCACUGGGACGUUAGUGAUAUUGGCGGGGAGCUGAAACCCCACAAUUGAAUAUGUAACAAUGUAGAGACCUAAGCUGACAGUCCCAUUCAGCCAUCUGUACUUGGUUCCCAUAUUUGUGUUGGCAUCACAUCCCCUGGCACCGUCUGUGAUUUUUAUUUUAUGAUUAAUCCCGGCACAGGUAAUUACUAAGAUUUUUCUUGACUGUAUUCUAAACCCAUCGGGCUACUUGGGUAUUUUGGAGUCCAGCUUGCAAUUCCCAGGUUGAUUUCCCACAAUCCCUACUUUAUAUCGUAAGAAUAACUCUGGGGGCUUUUUUUACUAAAGGGGAGCAAGAGCUGGGUGUUGUGAUGACUGCGUUGCUAUUCUCGCUUUUUUUUUUUUACAUUUUUUUCUUUUUGAUAGAAUAGUUCUGAUAUCUUUGUAUUGGAUGAAUAAUUGUCUGUCUGAAACUGUAUUUGUAAAUAAGGUUUGUGGUAUCACUGUGUGUGUUCAUCAUUUUGUUUCUUUGACAAUUUAUGUAUUGUCUGCACUCUGCAGCCAGUCAAUGAAUCGUCAGAGCUAAUUCUUUAGGAAUUGCUGGCAUAAUCCGCCUCUGUAGGAUUUUUAAAUCUGACACUUCUGUCUUGUUAUAUAUGUUGGGCAGCCAGUACGCAUUUCUUAUUGUGAUUCCUCAGGCGACCAAGACUAACUGUAAUUUUAGAGCGAUCGUUUGCAGUGCUACAAAUCCUAAGUCUCUUAUUAACCUGGUCCUCAGACUAGUUCAGAUACUCCUGACAAUUGCUAAUUUUCUGUUUUUUCAAGGGACCCUCUUGGUUUCCCAUUCUUCUGUUCUCCAGUCCCAAGUUUUAACCUUUCUACCCCAUGUAGUGUGUUUGCCUUAUAUUGCGCUGACUCCAGUUACUGACCGUAGGUAGCGCCCUGUAUUCUGUAAGUGGGCAUUAUGUAACAAUAACCAUUGUGUGAUUAGUACAUUAAGUACUUUGUUCUUUAACCUAGAUUGUACCAGAUUGUCAAAUGUACAAAAUUAGAAGAUAAUUUACCUUUCUGAAAUAUCCUGUCUCCUUGUUCAUUGUGAACUUAUCACUAUUCCUUAAUGGUUACUUAUGUAUAUGUCUGUUUUGGGGAUACAACAAAAGCGUUUUUAGAAGAGCAUUUCAGAAUCCUAAAAUAUAGCCGGGUCCUCAAAAUGAGACGUUUGGAAUCCGUCUGCGGUAGAAUCAAUUGUGCUAAACCCAUCCUGGCUUUUCUGUUUGUUCUCUUGAUUCACCUCACCCACCCAGUCCUACUUGGUGUUUUGUAUUGUGUUAAGAGAUCAUUAACCCCUGGUGUACGUGGAACAGAAAUUGGAAUGUAGUCGUUGUAGAGGAUAAAGCAGAGGAUGGGUAACUGGCACAAGCUUGUGCUGCACUUAACAUUAGAAAACUUCCAAGCGAGCUUUGCUUAAAUACUAAUUUUAAAAAAGAAAUGCAUAAUACAUCUUAUUUAUUUUUUAUUUUAUUUUUUUGCUCUAGUGAUAACCAAGUGAAUACAGAGAUGUUCUACAAUACAGCUAGUAGGGCGAUUGUCGUUGCCGUGUUAGGGAGUAUUAUAUUGCUAAGCAACGUCUGAUGAUGCCCUUUGCUUUAAUAGCUACAAAUGUAACACUCCUAUUACUAGUAAUUCCAACGAGUUUGGGUGCUCAAUCUCUGAUUGCUGACAUAGUGGCAUAGGAUCAGAGAUUAAAAAAACAUGGAAUUGCUGCUUUACAGUAGCGCAGAUACUUAUUUUUUUUAUUUUUAUUUUUUUUUUGUCCUAGAAAACGGUACGGACAUAAACCCAGGAUGUCACCUGUCAGUUUGCCGCAAACCACACUGUCUCUAGCCAAAGCUGCAACGAGCGACAUUACUUCUUUUUGUACAGAUGAUAAUAUGGAGCAGUGUGUGGCAUACAUAGAGCAGGUAAGCAAUGCACAGAAUGUUAAAUAUCUGUCUGAAUUAUAACCAAAAGGAAUGUGAUUGUAAAAAAUAAAAACAGGAUUUGGAUUUCCUAACUGUGUUCCCCAUUAAUAAGGUUACCCUAUGUGGGUAUCCUGGGUAAUGACCCCUGUUGUGCUAUUUUGUUUGUGGGGGGGUGUAUGCCCUGAAGAUAUUCUUAGAUGGCAUUAUUGCAAAUUGCCUGGUAGGUAGCUCCUAUGCCCACACCUGUCUGUAUGCAUGCUCUCCAUUUUACAUCAAAAGCAGUUGUACUUUCUGAUUAAACUGACUUCUCUGAGAGAAGCGUUGAAUCCAUUGCUUCUCUGUGAGAGACAUUGAAGAUGCCAAAUAUGAAGACCAUUAGAGACUUUUCCUCAUUAAGAUCUGUCGUGCAUGUUCUCUUUCCAUUUUUCGCAAAACAGUCCUGUUUAUAUUUGUCAGGCUCCAGGGACAGUCUAUGCACCAAAAACAUUUUGGUUAUAUGGAGUAUUUUACAGACACAUGCAGUGACUGAAUUGUUUGUUCCUUUUCUGCUAUGUUGACAUUGGUGAGAUACUUUCUUGGAGCCAGAUGUGAAUACAUACAAUAUUACGUCUCCUUUGUCAACAUUGACAGAUAUGGCCAUUUUUAGUCUGGUAACUAAACACAAUUUAAUCUGGUUAAAGGCCACUUCCAAAACAUUGGGGUGCUCAAUAGAGAUGGAGUGAUGGGCCUUUUCCAGCACAAGCAAGUUUAGGGGCAGUCUGUGUGCCAGUUUCUUUACAUGUUUGUUAUAUUGGGAAUGUUUUUCUUAAUAUAGUUUUUUCCUUUUUGUUAAUUUCUUUGCAUUGCUCCAUAAGCCCACCCGGGGGAGAGGUGGGGGGAUUUAGUGGAAUUAACUUUUUUUUUUUAAAUAUUGGUUGAGACUGUGGAUCCAUUACAAGGACACCUCACAAUGCAUCUCACCUCUUCAGAGCUAAAAACUUUCACUAGCCAUUUGCUGUGGGCAAGUAGGCCUGUCCCAGGUUAAUUUAUCAGGAUUGCACCUUCCAGUCUGCUCUCAUUGUUUAAUCUCUCUGACUCACACAUUAAACUACUUCCUUCUGUCUUAUUGAUUAGGAGCUUACAAAUUUAGGCUUCCCUUCUUUACAAACUGCAUCCAAAAACGGAGAAGGAAAACAGCUGAAUGUGGUUUCAAUUGUGAAUUGUAUUCAUGAGUUACUGCAACGUCACUCCAGAUACCUGCGAGGCAGAGAGGAAGCCGAAAUGCAACUUCUGAAAGUAAAAAGUGAUCUGGAUCAUCUGCAGAGCAUCCACUGCAGGCAAAAAGUGAGAGUCCACAUGUCCUCCUAUAGUCUUGUACAUGUAAUAACUGGGCAAGUGCUUCAGGUGUUUACUAAUAAUAUUGCGUGUACUUGGUAUCUGGCAAAGUACUUCUACUGGGGCCAGUAGGUAAUAAAAGUGUGAUCUCUGUUGCACAAUUUAAGUAACAAAGUACAUUUAGCCUAUAUCUGCAAAUAGGAUGGAGGGGUGUUUAGUACUGAAAGACCUUGUCUUUCUAAACCUCUGCAUCUUUCAAAUUAAUAGCACAUGGUGCAGAUUGGUAUCUGUGUCAUUCCACCCUGAGCUUCCAUUCACACAGACCAUUCCUAUUGCCCCCUCAUCGCAGCCAACAGCUCAGCGUUCAGGCCUGUAAUUUAAAUGUUGCUUUGACAAAUGAGUUUGUUUUUCCCAGGAUCAGCUCGAGACCACUCGCAGAGAAAAUGCUACCCUGCAAGAGCGUGAACGGCAGGCCCAGUGUAAGAACAGGAGCCUGUUACAGCUGCUGAAAAAUGAGAAGGAAGAGGUACAAGCUGGGCUCAGGUUAAGGAACCAUAAUUAAUUUACUGUUCAUGGCACUCUGGCGGGGAGGGCUCACUGAGGUUAGGUGGAAGCACCACAAGGGUUAAAUUACUUUGCAUCACGGCUGUAGCUGAGCUCUGUUUGAGGCACCAAGGGGUUACAUAGUAAUGCAUUGCUUUAGCUUUGAGAGGAUUGCCUCACUCUGCAGGCUAAAAUAAAAUUAGGGGUGGGGGGGCAUUGAUCUAACCAAUCGGUGUCCUAUCCCUAGGAAUGCUUGAAAAGUGUGUUGCGCAUGCCUGAAAGAUUUAUACAUGUGCAGUGCAUGCUGACAACAGAUGGGUUGUUUUUUUUUAUGCACCAAAUUGACAUUGGGCAGUCUGGAACAGACUUUUGUGCUGCCUAAUGUCAUACUGGGGUCAGCUAUUUUCCAGCACACAAUUAACAAUAACCCUGGAUGUGCAGAGUUUCAACCUGAUCCAGACUCUUAUCACCAUGACCACUUCAAAAAGACGAAUGAGUCCUGCUGGUUGGAGUAACUCUGUAAUAGAAACUAUACUGUAUGUUUAUUAGAGAGGUCACUGUCCGUUAUCCACUAAACUAAGAAUUCAAAGGAAAUUUCACAUUUUAGGCCAAAAUAGCCUAAGCUGGAAGCAACCCCACUAUUUUUACCUGUAACGGCACCCCCAGGCAUAAAAGGGCUUAAAAGCCGCUUAGUAGAUAUUCCCUUCCAGAGACACAGGCACAGCUACUGUAGACACCAAUACACCGAACCAGAGAAGCAUUUGAAUGCUCUCAAACAUACGAAUGCUGUAAACAGCCGUAUAGGAAAAACCAUACGAAUAGGUUUACACUCCUAGCAGUCAAACUGGAACAGCAUACAAUAAAUCCCUCCCCCCCCUCCCCCCCCCAAGAACGAGACAAGGCUCCGUUUUGGGGGUCAAGCAGGAACAGACAGAGCUGUGGGUUUAUUGUUCUUAUAUACACAUUCUUACACAUUAGGACCACCCACAGGGUUUUGGAAAACAACCAAUAAACACGUACAAUGCACUCAGACACUCCUCCCCUCUGCCUGUGAUACAAUUACCUUACACAAUGGGUAAUGUAAUUAUCACAGGCAGAGAAAUACAGUUUUUCCACAUUAUUCAUAACUUGAAAAGUACGCAUCACAUUCACAAACAUUUUCAGACUCCGCAUACUCCAAAUACAAACAUAUGUCAAAAUCAUCCAAAUUGGUCCAUUGGUUCAAAAGAUAGAUCAUAGUCCUUUGUGACCAAAUGAAGCAUGGCUUUUCUGCCCAAAACCAGUUCCACAGAGUCUUCUAUCCUGGAGAUAAUUGGGAAGUAAUCCAAUUAUCUCCAAGGACAGAGGCAAAACUCCAUUGAACACAUGGCAGCAAAAAACCAUAAAAUACAUAAAAACAUAUAACUGUGCAGCCAUUGCACAAAACAGGUACAUUCAACAUAUCCCCAGAUAGCUCAGAUCUGAGCGCACAUUAUUACUGAAGGGUGCUCAGAGCACACACAUACAGUAUAAUUGCCAUGGAGCCAAAGUCUUUCCCAUAGUCUUUCAUUAUACGAAUGGGCUCCAUGGCAUAGCUAUCUGGGGUAUCACCGCUCCAACAGGGCAAGCACCGAAUGACCCGGCUUUCGUGUCUUUGCAGGGGGAAAUCAAGCAUUUCAACAUGGGGCCAUAGUCAAAAGGCAGCAGACGGGCAACCAGGCUCCUCCAAUGCACAGUGGCGAGAUUGGUCUUGUCACAAUACCUUUUUAAUAUCAGAUUCUCAUUUUAGUGAAUAACGCGGUCACUGGUCAGUUUGUGUGUGUUUAUUUUAUUCCAGUUUCAGAAGCUGCAGCAUAUCAUUGCCAGUCGUUCUACUCAAUAUAACCACAAUAUGAAAAGAAAAGAGCGAGAGUUCAACAAACUGAAAGAGAGAUUGUAUCAACUUGUGAUGGAUAAAAAAGACAAGAAGAUCUGUGAGUUACUGUUAGAAAUUAAUAUAAUCACAGGUGUGCCCCGCUCGGCACCAAGGUUAUGCUGCAUGUUACAAAGAGUUAAUCAUAUAUUAAUGCACCGAGCCUGAAAGAGUUAGUUAAACAUACAUUUUGUAGUACAUUGGGGGAUAUUUAUUAGUGUUCUGGAACGUGGCGGUUAAGUUUUCCCCUAUUUUGACCAUGUUAACAUUGUCUAAAAAGUAUAUUUUCUUUAUAGUACAUUUUUGCCACAUUGAACAUAUCCGAACAAGCCAAGCUAGGUCCCAGGGCAGCUAUCGCUAUUUUCCUUCAUUAAAGGGACACUAUAGGCACCCAGAUUACUGCAUCUUAUUGAAGUGGUCUGGGUGCAUUCUCCCUGUCCCUCUUAGUCCUGCAAUGUAGAGAAACUGUAAUGUUUAUAUUGCAGAACUAGGACUGUGCUUUCCGGGAGUUCACCAGACUGUAGGUUGCUUAAGUGACGCUGGACAUCCUCACUCUCUGCAUUAGGGCAUCCAGAGUCCGUGAAAACAUUAUAGGAGAGCAUUGAGUCAAUACUAACCUAUGGGGAGGCCCUAAUGCACACAUUCUCAAAGAAGGUGCAAUGCCAAUGGAUAUCGGGAGCGUAAACAAAAGUGUUGUGUUUGCAUCUUUACAUGCCAGGGGGCAUGUAAGAAGACACUUUAUUAUAGAAGUCCAGCAAGUACUUGGCUCAGCAUCUGGCAACUUCAUCGGAAUGCCAAGUUGACCAUUCUACAGUCCGAAGAAUAGAGAAUAUCUGCAAUAAUAUACAUUGCCCAUGAUCAAAGACGGUUCGGCAAAACCUGAAAUGUGUUGCAAGCAUUUACUGCAUUAACCGUCACAAUUUUGGAGUAAAUUAUGCACUGUGCAUAACACCUGCAUUCUCGUAUAGUUGAGGAGUUCACUUCUGUUGGUUCUGCAUUAGAAGAAAUUCCACAUGUAAAACUAUUCUUUAAAUCCAUAUGGAGGAGAGCAUUUUAUGUUUUGUUUUUGGUUUAUUUCAAGCGAUGGAUGUCCUGAAUUAUGUGGGUCGAGCAGAUGGAAAGCGGUCCGUUUGGAAGACCAGUCGUACUGAAGCCAAGUAAGUGAGUGAUAACAUAACACAGAGGAUACUGGAUGCAAGAAAACGGGCACUUUUACUUGGUGUUCUUUAUUUCUAAGGAAUGAAGAGGAGAUGUAUAAGGUUCUGUUGAGUGACUAUGAGAAACGACAAAAAGAUCUCCUGAUGGAAAACGUGGAACUUAAAAAAGUCCUUCAGCAAAUGAAAAAAGAAAUGGUGUUCAUUCUGGGCCCACAAAAAUAUCCCACUGUGGACCAUGCAGAGGACAGCUUGGGAGUGGUAAGUCUGCUACAGACUGCAUCGUGUUAAAUCACUUUAAAUUGAUAGUCACUCUCCUCCGUUAAAGGAAGAUCCCUACUUCCUCUCUUCCUGUCGUGAGGGUUUAUAGGAACACCCCAUUUUCCCAUCUUGUUAAAGUGGAAUGGCCACUUCUCUGGUAACUACAUUUUUGAAAAUCACCCCUCUCUGUGCUGUAGCAAUGACUAAUAUGGAGCGAAGAAGUAGUUGCCCUGUGAUAGGAUAAAGAGAUUUGGAUUUCUAAAUGUGAUUAAAUAUUGGUAUAAGUAAACGUAGUUAUAAAAAUAAUCAUGAGAAGAAAUAUUAAUUCUCUAAUCCCAUCCUCUCUUUAAAGAAGUAUCCUGGUACCGUCUCCUUAUUGAAGGAAUGUCCCAGGACCCCCUAUCCCCACAAUCCAUGUUUUAAUGGCAUCUCUUUAGCCAUUUUCUUAUUGUGCGAAUAAUUGAAAGCAUUCAUAUUCAGUUUAGUGGCAGAUCUUGUGGUUUGUUCUUAGUCCCAGGUCCUUUCUGAUGUCGAAGAUGUUGCUGAUUCUAGUAAAGAGACCAUAUCCGAAUUAUCUUGUGAAACUGUGCGUGCACAACUUAUUGAUAGCAUCCGGCAGCAAUGGCGUAUAGUUAAAAACCACGUGGAGAGACUGGACAGCCAAGGUAACCACCAUUUAUCCAUUAAAACCUUCACGUAAACAUGGAACCAGUACUUUGUGUUUGCUAAAUUGCUGGUACGUGUAUUGUUUGAAAGAUUCAAGUAGGAGUUUUCAUCACUUAAGCAUGGAGAUAUUCUUAUUUGAAUAGCACUUUACCAUACUACAAUAGGUUUCUUUAACAACCAAUAACUGACCGACCGAAAUGAAUUAAUCCCUGCUAAAAGGAGGGGAUAAAGGAACACGAGGGAGAGUUUCUUACAUAUGAUGUGUCCGAUGAUCAGUAAAGGUGCUACAUAUAAUGUGUUGGAUGAUCAGUAAAGGUGCUACAUAUAAUGUCUUGGAUGAUCAGUAAAGGUGCUACAUAUGAUGUCGGAUGAUCAGUAAAGGUGCUACAUAUGAUGUUGGAUGAUCAGUAAAGGUGCUACAUAUGAUGUUGGAUGAUCAGUAAAGGUGCUACAUAUGAUGUUGGAUGAUCAGUAAAGGUGCUACAUAUGAUGUGUUGGAUGAUCAGUAAAGGUGCUACAUAUGAUGUGUUGGAUGAUCAGUAAAGGUGCUACAUAUGAUGUGUUGGAUGAUCAGUAAAGGUGCUACAUAUGAUGUGUUGUAUGAUCAGUAAAGGUGCUACAUAUGAUGUGUUGGAUGAUCAGUAAAGGUGCUACAUAUGAUGUGUCCGAUGAUCAGUAAAGGUGCUACAUAUAAUGUGUUGUAUGAUCAGUAAAGGUGCUACAUAUGAUGUGUUGGAUGAUCAGUAAAGGUGCUACAUAUGCUGUUGGAUGAUCAGUAAAGGUGCUACAUAUGAUGUUGGAUGAUCAGUAAAGGUGCUACAUAUGAUGUGUUGGAUGAUCAGUAAAGGUGCUACAUAUGAUGUCGGAUGAUCAGUAAAGGUGCUACAUAUGAUGUUGGAUGAUCAGUAAAGGUGCUACAUAUGCUGUUGGAUGAUCAGUAAAGGUGCUACAUAUAAUGUGUUGGAUGAUCAGUAAAGGUGCUACAUAUGAUGUUGGAUGAUCAGUAAAGGUGCUACAUAUGAUGUGUUGGAUGAUCAGUAAAGGUGCUACAUAUAAUGUGUUGGAUGAUCAGUAAAGGUGCUACAUAUGAUGUGUUGGAUGAUCAGUAAAGGUGCUACAUAUGAUGUCGGAUGAUCAGUAAAGGUGCUACAUAUGCUGUCGGAUGAUCAGUAAAGGUGCUACAUAUGUGUUGGAUGAUCAGUAAAGGUGCUACAUAUGAUGUCGGAUGAUCAGUAAAGGUGCUACAUAUGAUGUUGGAUGAUCAGUAAAGGUGCUACAUAUGAUGUUGGAUGAUCAGUAAAGGUGCUACAUAUGAUGUGUUGGAUGAUCAGUAAAGGUGCUACAUAUGAUGUCGGAUGAUCAGUAAAGGUGCUACAUAUGAUGUUGGAUGAUCAGUAAAGGUGCUACAUAUGAUGUUGGAUGAUCAGUAAAGGUGCUACAUAUGAUGUUGGAUGAUCAGUAAAGGUGCUACAUAUGAUGUUGGAUGAUCAGUAAAGGUGCUACAUAUGAUGUGUUAGAUCGGAUGUACCAGAGGAAGAAUAGAUGGAAAAAGAUAAAUUCAGUUUUAAAAAUACUUUGUUUUAGAAAAAAAGAGAUGCCAUCCAGUUAGUUCAGUGGUUAAAGUGGGAAUACCUGUAUAGAAUUAAUGAUAUUCACUCCUUCAAUGUAGAAUGUGCUUGUCUGUUUGCAGCUUCUAUUGUACAAGUGACAUCCCCAGAUUUGAAUAAUUUAAUUUCGAGGGAAGAUCAUGAACAAGAGGUUGAAAAACUUAAAGAAGAGAUUCAAAGAUGUAAAGAAACCAUUAGAAAUCAACAACACCUCUUUCAGGUAGACACUCUGUUUGCUUCAUUUUACUGUAAGGUCCUUUCUUCCUUCUCUAAGUGAGCAGGGUUUGCUGUGAGAGACCCUCUUAGUUAAAAUGUCAUGGGUGGGGGUUAGAGGGCUUUUCAGAGUGCAGAGGAAACAUUCCAUUGUCCGUUACAUAGUUGAAGAGACACAUGCAUCUAUAUAGCCUUUUUAAACAUGCUGUUGACCCAAAAGAAGGCAAAAAACACCAGUUAGAUGCACUUCUAAUUUAGCAACAAGCUAGGAAAACCUUCCUUCUUCACCCCAGAAUGGCAGUCCGAUAUCUCCUUGGAUCAAGAAGCUAUUACAAAUUAUAUCACUGCUUUUGCAAGUAUUUAUCCAAUUGCUGUGUAUUGCAGAGAAUUCCAUAUCUUUAUUGUUUUACUGUUAAAAAAAACAAAACAAAAAAAACCUUUCCUUUGUCUUAAACCUAAUCUCCUUUCUUCAAGUCAAAAUAGGUGACUGUGUCCUAGGUAUAGUACUGUUUCUGAAUAGAUUUCCAUACAGUGGCUUGUAUUGGCCCCCGGAUAUAUUUGUAUAAUGCUAUCGUAUCCCAUAUAAGGCACCAUUUUUCUAAACUGAAGAGGUUUCAAUUUGUUAACCUUAUUUCAUACAUAAAAUGCUCCAUUCCUUUUUAUUAAAGGGAUUCUAUAGUGCCAGGAAAACAAAGCUGUUUUCCUGGCACUGUAGCAUCCUGCAGUGCCCCCCCCCCCAUUCCGUGCUACUUACCUAGCUUACCUGAACUCAACACCUAUGUCACUCGGCGAUGAGUCAUUCUCCAACCUGAUGCGCAUGUGCGGCAAUGGCCGCUCUCGCCUUAGGAUUUCCCCAUAAGAAAGCUUUAUUCAAUGCUUUCCUAUGGGGAGAAAUCUGACGCUGGAUGUCCUCAUGCAAUUCCGGAAGUCCUUCUAGUGGCUGUCUGGUAGACGGCCACUAGAGGAAGAGUUAACCCUCAGAGGUAAUUAUAGCAGUUUAUCUGUACCUCUGCAGGGUUAAGGAACAUGGGACAUUGCACCGAGACCAUUCCAAUGAGCCGAAGUGAUCUGGGUGCCUACAGUGUCCCUUUAAUUUUGUAGCCCACCUCUGCACUUUUUCUAGUGCUCAGAAUUGUACAGCAUAUUCAAGAUGUAGUUUUACCAGUGAUGUUUAUAAAGAGGCAAAAUGAUAUUCUCAUCACGAGAAUUAAUACCCUUUUUCAUUUAUGCAUACCUUACUGGCCUGAGGGACACCACUUGCCACCUCUGUCCAUCUUGAAAAUGUACCAUUAAUGACAACUAGUCGUACUCUAAUUUUUUAAGCCGAUGUUCUAACCAAGAACAAGAAUUUCCAUCUACACCAAAUUCCUUUAGUUGGAAGACUAACCUAUUGUGAGGAAGCGUAGCAAUCGCCUUGUCAAAAUCCAAGUAGAUCACAUCCACGCCAAUACCCUGAUCUAUGCUUCUUAGUUCUUUGUAGUUUUAAGAAGUCCCAGUAAUCAGAUGCAGGUACUUCUUACAUAUAUGUAGGGCAGGUACCACUAAACCCAUGAAAAAAAUGUUUAAAUCUCUAGAUCCUGUCUCCAACAAAGUCCUCCAACAAAGUCCUCUAGUCCCAGGAAUGGGCUAGCGAGCUAGUCGCAUGCUCUAUGGUUGCUAUGGUAACUCCAUAGCUGGCGCUGGCUAGGGUGUGUAGGAAUGGAGUGACGUGACGUCAUUCCAUUCAGAUGCAGGCAAUAAAAUCCAACGUGUCUGCGUCAUGGAGGUUGGCCCUGCUUGAGGAAGGUUCCCUAUUGUCACGGCUUACCUUAGUUGGCAGUCCGGUAGGCAGAAAUUUAUGCUCACCUUUGCAAUUAAACACAGGCCAAGGUGGUCAUGUAAGAAUUCACCUGGCCUGUGAGUCUGUGCAUGGGGGCUGUGCAGGAUGUUGUUCCAAGUCGCAGUACAGGUAAGGACACAAGCAGGACAAUCGUCGAGGGUAAGCCAAAGUCAGAGGAUGCCAAAAGUCAAAAUACACGAUGCAAAUAAGCCAAGGUCAGGAGCAAAACGAUCUGGAUACACAAACAGGAACCAGAGUCAAUGAACUGACACUGCCCUCAGGGAGAGGCAGUGUCUUCUACCUGGCUAAUCAGUGAUGCUUUACAGUUGGACUACGAUUGACAGGAGCAGUCGCAGGUUAAGUCCAGCCCCCAGUGCUGGAGACUUCAGGCCAAAUCAAGGACCGAAGUGGCUCAGAGGCAGGAACGCAGGCUGAGAACCAUAAAGCACCCAGGUUCAAAUCCCCUGUUGGGCACUUCUGGGCCGACCUCGUCUAGAUGAGAACUGUGACACCUAUGCAUGGCAAAUCGGAGGAGUGCGUGCGGACCGUGUAAGUGUAACACCCACCUCUUUAAUUAGAUUGUGGUGGGGGAGCGCAGGGCCAGGUAAGACAUGACUUUAGAGCAUAACUAUGCAAAGUUGUGGGGUUUUUUUUUUUAUUUUUUAUUUUUUUUUUACUGCCAAUAAGCAUUUAACUACUGUAAUUUAAAUCAAUACGAACUGAUGAGUCCCGUUUGAUUCAACUCGUAUAACAUUCAGAUUCUAGUGAAUAACUCCAUUAAUAAAGAUAUUGAGUUUACUGAACACUCAGAGCGCAGCACACUUAAAACGCCAAAAAAGUACUUUGACAAAACGGUCAUUGUACGAAACACUGUUGUGACGAGAGCAAUCUCGCCACAUUGCAUUGGAGAAGCCUGGUUGCUCGCCUGCUGCCUUUGGACUAUGGCCCCCUGUUAAAAGACAUCUUUUUCACUGCAGAAAAGACUUAUUUGUGCUUUUCUGCCCGGUGUUCGGUAGAUUCUCGGAUUUACUGAAUGAACUCCUAUAACCCAGAUAGGUAUGCCAUGGAGCCUAUUCAUGUAAUAAAAGACUUUGGCUCCAUGGCAAUUGAACUGUAUGUGUUUGUGGUCUGAGCGCCAUUCAGUAUUAAUGUGCGCUCAGACCUAAGCUAUCUGGGCAUAUGUUGUGUGGCGAAACCUACCUCGCCACUGGGCAUUGGAGAAGACUGAUUGACAGCCUCCUGCCAUGUGACUAUGGCCCCUGGGAUGUAUUGCCCUUUAAAGACAUGAUUUGGGUAUAAUGGAUUUGUGUUGUGCUGCUGCUAGCCCUUUUAAGAACCAUCUGGUGACAUACUGUGGAGUUACUGGGUGGCCACCAUUUCCUGUAUCAGAAGCACAUGGUGAGAACAAUGGAUGGCGGCCAUUUUAACUCACAGACACUGUGGACUUUUCAACACGGUGCCAUCUCGCCAGUAUUUGUUGCACAGAGACAUCGUGCGGUGGUUUUGGACUAUACAGCAGGGGACACAUUAUACAGUGAUUGUUUUUAUUUAGCCUGUAUAUGUUCUGCAGAAUCUGCAUUAAACUGUAUUUUCCAAAGUACUGAACGGAUCUGGGUGAAUUUUGGAUAUGUGGUUCACCCAGAUCCCCGGUUCCAAUGAUAUACUUUUUAUGGGGUUAUUGCAUGUUUUGGGGUCCCUGUGAUGUGUUUUAUGAAACUGUAUUUCUCUGGGGAGGAUUUUGUGUGGGAGUGUCUGGGUGUAUUGUACGGAUUGAUUGGCUGUUUUGUAACGCCCUGUGGGCUGUACUAUGUUUGUGGAUUGGGAAUAAAAGAGACUGUAUGUGACAGUACAGGGAGUUCCUGUUUAACCCUCAAAGUGAAGUGUCGUCUCAUUAUUGGGGGAAGGAUUCAUUGUAUGCUGUUCCAGUUUGACUGCUAGGAGAGUAAACCUAUUCGUAUGGUUCCUAUUCAACUGUCUACAGCAUUCAUAUGCUUGAGAGGAUUCACAUGCUUCUCCGGUUCGGUGGUUGUGGUGUCUGCUGCAGUGCUUGGAGUCCUCAGGAAGCGCUAGGAGCAUCCUUUAACGGAGGUACCCAGUCGGGGUGCCAGGUAAUCCGUUACAUGUUGCAUGUCUGUAUUUUAUGUCAUAAAUGUAACCUUGUGUAUUUGAUUGUAUUUUACUGUCUUUUUGCUGCCAUGUGUUCAAUGGAGUUUUGCCUCUGUCUUUGGAGAUAAUUGGAUUACUUCUAAUUAUCUCCAGGAUAGAAGACUCUGUGGAACUGGUUUUGGGCAGAAAAGCCAUGCUUCCUGUGGUCACAAAGGACUAUGAUCUAUCUUUUGAACCACUGGACCAAUUUGGAUGAUUUUGACAUAUGUUUGUAUUUGGAGUAUGCUGAUUCUGAAAAUGUAUGUGAAUGUGAUGCAUACUUUUCAAGUUAUGAAUAAUGUGGAAAAAUUGUAUUUCUCUGCUUGUGCUAAAUUACAUUACCCAUUGUGUAAGGUAUUUGAAUUACAUGCAGAGGGGAGGAAUUUGUGUGGGAGUGUCUGGGUGUAUUGUAUGUGUUUAUUGGUUGUGUUCCAAAACCCUGUGGGUGGUACUAAUGUGUAAGAAUGUGUACAUAAGCACAAUAAACCCACAGCUCUGUCUGUUCACUGCUUGACCCUCAACACGGAGCUUUGUCUCGUUCUUGGGGGUAUUUAUUGUAUGCUGUUCCAGUUCGACUGCUAGGAGUGUAAACCUAUUCCUAUGGUUUUUCCUAUUCGGCUGUUUACAGCAUUCGUACGGUUUCCUGUUCGACGGAUUGGUGUUCUGCAGUAGCUGUGCCUGCAUAUCUGGAAGGGGACGAUCGCCUAAACGGUUUUAACCCCUUGUGUGCUGAAACGGUCCGUUACAACUGUUAACUAGUCACACUCACAAGAAUGGGACUAAAAAACAGUAAAAUGACUGAUAGACACUUCAUAUCCAAUUAUCCAGAAUAGUCUCUCCUCCUGUGUCGGCACGCUGGAAUCUGUAAAACCUGGACUCUUCCAAUAACUCUGCAAGGAAUGGACAUGCUGAAAUGGGGUAGAAGCUUGGGACGUGGUUGGCAACUUUAUGCACCGUUACCCCCGGGCUGACUAACUGGUAAUCUAGGUUGUUGGUGCUGCACUUAUCGUCAGACCACAGAGAGAUUUGGACUAUGCUUUUACCUUUUUUGAUAUCGAGACUAUUUUUAUACAUUUUUGGCACAUCGAAGUUUGGAUAUUUGUCUUUAUUGUCUGGAUUCUCUUGAAUUCCCACUCCUUUUUGUGUGGUAAUUGUACUGUAUUUUUUUAUUUAUUUUGGUUGAGUACUUUUUGCGACUGUUUUAAGCAUUCUGCAGUUUUUGAUUUUACUUUUUAUUACAUGAAAUAUAUCCUGUAUUUACUUAGUAUCUAGCAUCAGUUAACUAGUCCUAUAAGUAAUAUAUUGUUUGACACCAAUUGUCAGCUUAUUUUGUAGAACCGUUUCUCUGAAGUAUAGAUUUAACUAAUACAUGAAUUGAGCUAAAAUAAAGAGAUCUUUUAAUUUAUUAAAUAUAUAGAUCCAAUGUGCUUGCACUCCUGGUAGAUAGUGGUUUGUUUGUGCCUGGUGCUGGUCUGACUAAUUCCAGAAUACAAGUAAAUUGACUGCACUCAAAGGACUUCAGACCGGAGGAGGUGAGUAUUAAUAAUGCAUAACUUUUAUUAAUUCAUAUAAAAUCAGUCGAUGGUUCAGUCCCUCCUAGGGGACUUUCAUCAGGGCAAAUGAACCGCUGACUGAUUUUUAUAAGAAUAAAUAAAAAUUAAAUAUUCUUAAUGCCCACCUCAUAUAUCUAUAUCCCACUCCCAGGCUGUCCAGCAUCUUCAAAAUCCUCACAGGAAAGCAUUAAUUCAUGGCACUCGCCGUGCAUGUGCAUUAGGUUCCUCCAUCACCAUGAUGUUGGAGAGGGAGGAGCCAGCACUGAGGGACUUCGGUGCUGGAUUAAAGUGACAAAAAGGGAGGGGAGUUAUCCCACUUCUUACUAGUUGAUCACAGCGGACCUAAAGCUAGAGACCGGGGAUUACUGUAUACUGUUGGUAACACUGCUUUGUAUUCUUAAAGCUAUAGUGUUUAACAGCAUGCUUCCAGACAUGAAGACCUCAGAACUUAGAAGAUCUUCAUUAGGAAGCACCUCUACUGGAAGCGAUUUAUGGUGUAUGAGUGUUCCUUUAAAUCAGCACCUCUAUGUGCUGUAUAUCUGCAGUUAUUGGAGCUUUGUCUGAUUUAAAUUGGCACGUUGCCAUCUGUGAGCUGUGAUUGAAUGUAUACAAUAACAGUGACCAGUCUCUUCUCAUGCAACAGCAGAUUAAUGUGCCCAGCUAUGACUCCUCAACAAUCCUUCAGGACUGCUACCUUCUAGAGGAUGGGGAACGUCUCCGUGAGGAAUGGCAGUUAUUCAACGAACAAAAGAAAAACUUUGACCGUGAAAGGAGGAGUUUUACUGAAGCUGCAAUCCGACUGGGUCACGAAGUAAGGAGGGGUUUCUGCUAUUAAACUGUUUAAAUUCUUUACACUUCUGCUUUGCAUGAUUAGUCUAUUCACCAGGUCGUAUUCAGCCUCUCUUGACUGAAUUUUUGUUUUUCAGAGGAAGACCUUUGAGGAGGACAGAGCCACUUGGCUAAAGCACCAGUUCUUGCACAUGACCGUGUGUUCUGAUUGGAAAAGCUCAGAUCACGGUAAACCUCAAAGUGCCUUAUUUAGUAAGUGUUAAGCAUACAUCGUGGCUUUCAGGCUUUACUUUUAAUUGCAAUGGUCAAUAGCUGUAGCAGACUUGUUCCCCUCUCUGUUCGGUUGUCGUGCCCCCCUUAUUUGUUUCCUGAACAAAUAAUAAUUUCCCAUUUUUAUACCCACUGAACACGCAAAUUAGCAUUUGGCUCAAGAACUUUCUCUGGGUGGCUGCCAUUCGUAUACCUGAGCACACAUGCUCUAGUGAAUGGUGGCCAUUUUGUCUCCCGAAUGCAGGCAGUGGUACAUAGUCAUAAAGCGUCUGGAACCCUUUUCAGAUACGAGAUCCCUCGAACCUCGGUGAAAACUGCCUGUUCCCCUGCCUGCUCUGCUCACAGACGAGUCAGGAGAUCCCUGUUCGGGAGAGAGAUAUUACCGACCAGGGGAAGCAUUCAUUGUUGUUUGCACAGGAAGUCCCGAAAGUUGACCGGCCGCUUGUCCUGUGUUAUCCUGGAUAUAGAUUAUGCUCUAACAGGAGGAACCAUCACUCGUUAGUACAUUUCCUGAUCUGUCUUUAAUUCUGUGGGAUUUAUCUUCGGCCCAGUAAAUCUGUGAUAUUGCUCAGGCACUUUAAUUUUACAGAGCCCAAAUCGUCACUAUUAAAAGCCAGUAGGAGGUUGUGGAUAAUAUGGGAAACUGGUAAUAUUACAUUAGACUGAUUUCUUCUCCAAAAUUGGUUUCUUCAACCCGUUCAGGUAUGGAGCAAGACCAGUAUGUGUCACAAAAUAAAUAUCCGCGCAAACCGCCCGUAUGUCUGGGAGAAUCUGUCAGACUGCUGCCGCCUGCCCCGUCCUCCAAACAUCGCCAGCCACAGAGAGACAGGUAAAAACAGAGAGUAACACUGACCGCUACAUGAUCUAAUGUACUGUAUGAACAGAGCCAGUUCUACAUUAAUACACUGGUGGCAACAAAGAACUUUACAUUUAUCAUGUGUUUUGCCUUUUGUAGCAAAGUUCUCUGGGUAGCUUUUUGUUUAAUUCUCCUCUGCUCAGUCCUACUAAGUGGCUAUGAUUGACUGAAGUAUAGUGCGGACCUUUCCAAAUUAAAAACUCACCCUUUUUGGUCGCCGUAAGCUGUGUAUUCCACCUCUUUCUUUGUGAAUGGAAGCUUGGAAUUGUCUUAGGGAAGUAUUUGAAUCCGAUGGCUUUUAGUUUGCUGGGAUAGAAUUUAACUUUUAUUUCUUUUUCACUCCCUUCCAGCUCUUCCAGAAGUCCUAAUGCAGCAAUUCCCUAAAGUGAGGAGAUACCUUGCGGCCAGUUCAUGCCGUCUGGAUCCAAAAGAAAGGUUCCUGAGACUAGCACCUCUUUCUGUUACAUGACUGUUCUUUUUCCUGAUGAAUAUGUAACAGAAUAACCUGUUUCCUUUCUCUGUGUCUCUCUCCUUUAUUGUUAUGCAAUGAUCACUGCCUGCUGUAAAUAUUAGACAAGGAAUCAAUUUUGGUAGAUUUUAUUUUGAUAGUUAAAAAUCUUUUUUCACAGCUGGUAUUGCUAUUUUGGUUAAUGUCCACCUCUGUAUGUUGGAGGUGUCUAUAAGAUUUUCCACUACGUAUCCAAGUUCCUCUCAGGGUGUGAUUUGCAAAGAAACCUAAUGGCCUUAAAGCAAUGCUAAUGUCCUGAUGCCUUUAGAAACUCCUGAGUGAAGGUUGAAAUACCUUGACCUUCUGCUAAGUUUUAUUUCUAAAUGUCUUGCCAGAUCCCAUCUAUCAUUGUGAUAUAAUAAUGGAUAUGACUUGACUACAAAUGUUUGCUGCCUCCCUUCCCGUAUCACAAAGCACUUUUGGGGGGUGGUAAAAAAGCAUACCACAAUUUAAUGCUCUUAUUUAAAUUGCUGCUUUCUUGAUAUCAGGACUUCAUUCUUAUUUGUCCAACAUACUUGUGAUUGUGAACAUGCAUUGUCCCCACGCUAAUUCAGCAGCAAGGCUUCCCGGCUAGUAAAUGGACCUAUCUUAUAUUUUGACUGGCAGGUACCAAAAGUCUUACAAAAGAAGCCGAUUUACUUUUAUGAAACACUGUAAAUUUCUGCCAGAUUGGACCGGCUUCCUCUAUCUUUGGCACCAUAAAUCUGGGCAACAAUGCUGUAAUCUCAGCAGCCCCCAUAUGGACGUCCCCAUUGUGGCUCCUUGUUAGAAGUGUGUCCUCUGAUUGCAGGUGGGAAGCAAUCUGACAAUUUCUUAUCAGUUCAUCUUAACUUGCGAAACAUUCCUAUGGCUUAUCAGUUUGUGUUCCCUGUGUGUAUGGAAUAAUUGUCUAUAUGCAUUUUAAAUACUCAGUGAUAGCUUUUUUUUUAGAUUUUUAUUUUUACUCCUAAUAAUAAUAAUAAAAGGACUGUGUAUUUUUUUUUGUUUUUGUUUCUUUAGCUUUUGUCUUUUUAUUAUUUUUUUUUAUUCUACAUUUGUGACUGGGCUUAUGUGAGCUGUAGUCAAAUUCAUUUGUGAGGUUUUCUAAAGUCGGAAUUCAUCAAAGAACCCUAUAUUGCCGUAUCCUUAGUGCAAAAGGGAAAUGUUGCAGGUUGAAAAGUGAGUCAGAAAGAUUAGGUUUAUGAUGCUAAAGUAAUACUUUACCUGUAAACAAUAUGGUUGCACUGUGUAGGUUAGGUUACAGUUAGUUAUACUGGGUGGGUUUAUAUUAUUAAAGGGACACUCCGGGCUCCCACACACGUUAGAUGCACUGUGUAGGUUAGGUUACAGUUAAUUAUACUGGGUGAGUUUAUAUUAUUACAGGGACACUCCAGGCUCCCACACACGUUAGAUGCACUGUGUAGAUUAGGUUACAGUUAAUUAUACUGGGUGGGUUUAUAUUAUUACAGGGACACUCCAGGCUCCCACACACGUUAGGUGCACUGUGUAGGUUAGGUUACAGUUAUACUGGGUGGGUUUAUAUUAUUAAAGGGACACUCCAGGCUCCCACACACGUUAGGUGCACUGUGUAGGUUAGGUUACAGUUAGUUAUACUAGGUGGGUUUAUAUUAUUAAAGGGACACUCCAGGCUCCCACACACGUUAGAUGCACUGUGUAGGUAGGUUACAGUUAGUUAUACUGGGUGGGUUUAUAUUAUUAAAGGGACACUCCAGGCUCCCACACACGUUAGGUGCACUGUGUAGGUUAGGUUACAGUUAGUUAUACUGGGUGGGUUUAUAUUAUUAAAGGGACACUCCAGGCUCCCACACACGUUAGAUGCACUGUGUAGGUUAGGUUACAGUUAUACUGGGUGAGUUUAUAUUAUUAAAUGGACACUCAAAGUGUACAAUACUCCAGGUGAGGUCUCACUAGUGUUCGGUACACUUCCCUCUCUCUACUGCUAAUACGUCUCCCUAUACAACAAAGCAUUCUGCUUGGAUUUCAUGCUGCACUUUUACAGUGUCUGCCUACUGUGAAAUCAUCAUCAUUAAUAAUUACCCCAUAAUCCCUUUUUAUCAGAAAUUGAGGUUAGUAGAGUAUGAAAUAUUCUGUACUCUGCCCUUGGGUUUUUACGUCCAAGAUGCAUUAUCUUGCACUUAUCCACAUUAAAUGUCAGUUGCCACAACUCUAUUUUUCUAGAUUACUUAAAUAAUUUGCCAUUUGCCUUAUCCCUCCUGGAACAUCAACCCUUUUACAUAUCUUAGUAUCAUCAGCAAAAAGACAUACCUUACCAUCAAGACCUUCUGCGAUAUCACUAAUAAAACAUACUAAAGAGAAUGAGUCCAAGUACAGAUCCCUGAGUACAAAGACCUUGCUUUGAUUAUACUCCACUGACCACAACCCUCUGUUGCCUGUCACUCAGCCACUGCCUUACCGUAUUCAACAAUAUUGGAAUCCAAACUUUAAAGAUUGCAGUUUAUUGAUAAGCCUUACUGAAAUCUAGGUAAGCAAUGUCUACUGCACCACCCUGAUCUAUUAUUUUAGUUACUGAAGUGGAAAACAAUCACUAAAUUGAUUAUUUUGUGUAUCUGCCCCUGGCCAAAUUAAAGAAACAGUGCGUGCAUGCUCCCUGAAGUAAUUCACACCAGACACAAGUUUCAGGUUGAUGAAGAACUUGUGGAUUGUUUAUUCAGGGGGGACGGCAAGUACCUUUUAAAGCAAAAUUACAUCAUAUGCAUUGUCAGAGAUAACCUGAAAUAAUAAAUCAUUAAUUGGUUAGGUGUUAAGUGGUUCUCUUAAUGCUCUGCCUACAAGGUGUGAUGUCACUGGCAUCAUGAGGGUCUACCCCAGAUUCCAGCGCCAUCUUAUUACACGAGUUAGUUAGUCGAUGUUGGGGGUGGGGGGGACUCCUAGCGGCCGUUUUAAUUAAUCACAUAUAAGUAGAAUAAUGCUGAUUAUAGUUAGAUGAGUAAAUAGACAUUUUACGAACUAAAAAUUAGGUUAAUAUCUUAUUUCCACAACAGUUACCCAAUCAAAAAAAAAUCAAUAAGAUUAGUUUGGCAUGAUCUCUCUGAAGUAAACCCAUGUUGUCUCUGAUCUUGAAAUCCACGUGUUUUUAGAUGUUCAUCAAUCUUAUCCUUUAACAUGGUUUCCAUCACUUUCCCCACUAUUGAAGUAAGGCUUACUGGCCUAUAGUUGCCCGACUCCUCCCUAUUACCUUUCUUGUAAAUGGGCACAACAUUCGCUAACUUCCAAUCUUCUGGGACUACUCCUGUUAACAAUGAUUGGUUAAAUAAAUCUGUUAAUGGUUUUGCUAGUACACCACUAAGCUCUUUUAAUAGCUUUGGGUGUAUUCCAUCAGGUCCCAUUGACUUAUUUGUCUUUACUUUUGACAGUUGAAAUAGAACCUCUUCCUCUGUAAACUCACAUGUAACAAAUGACUAAUUUGUCCUUUUUCCCUUCAUUCUCAUCUGUAAAUACUGAACAAAAAUAUUAAUUGAGGCAGUCAGCUAGACCUUUACCCUCUUCUACAUACCUUCCUUCUUUUGUUUUUAAUCUAACUAAUCCUUGUUUUACUUUCCUUUUCUCAUUUAUGUAUCUAAAAAUGUUUUGGCCCCUUUUUUUACUGAUUGGGCUAGUUUCUCUUCUGUGUGUGAUUUGGUUUUCCUCACUCUGUUUUUCUUUUCUUUUUUUUUUUUUCUUUUUUUAAAUUAUUAAAUGCUAACAUGUUUUUUUUACUAUUUUGGCCACUGCUGCAGAGUACCGCAGUGGUUUCUGAAUUUUCCUGCUCUUAGUGACAAGCCUAAUGGAAUUUUCUGUAACUUUUAAAUAAUCCCAUUUCUCUUGAACUCCAUUUAAACAGCUCCAGUCUGAUAAGGACUCCUUUACGCAUAAUCUAAUUUUAGAAAAGUCUGUUUUGCUAAAAUCUUUAACUUUUGUCUAUUUUUUGUGGUGUGACUCAAUUAUCUUCUAUUAAACCACACUGACAGGUGAUCACAAGAUCCUUAUUUUUUACUUGCAGUACACAUUAGGUGUACGGUAUAGGUUAGGUUACAGUUAUACAGGGUGGGUUUAUAUUAUUAAAGGGACACUCCAGGCUCCCAAACACGAUACAUGCUCUGUAUAGGUUAGGUUACAAUUCUACUGGCUGGGUCUAUAUUAUUAAAGGGACACUCCAAGCCCCCACACACGUUAGGUGCACUGUGUAGGUUUGUUAUAGGAAUGCAAGGCUAAGAAGUACAUAAGAGAAUGGACACGGAUUCCAGGAAACAAACAUUGAUUUAUUUUCAACUGCAAAUGUCUGUCAGUCAAUAGUCUUGGAAUAACCGACUGAGCAAGCGUUUACAAGAGAACAAAGAAUAUAUACCACAAAUGAUGUAUUCCGUACGUAUACAAAGAAUAAAAAAAAUUACACCCACAUUACAAUUGUUACAACCAAUUAUUAAACUAAAACCUAUCUCUUACAUAUCUUAUUUUAUAGUGGGUGUUUCUGACGUUCCACACAUGCGCCCUGGUUCAAGAUAGUUGCACAGUAGUUUUAACCAUGUGUGUACUGAACUUUUCUUAAAAAUCCUGUAGCUUCUGUCACAUUCCCUCCUUUGAUGCUUCAACACCUGGAUACUGGUGGCUGAUAUGCAUCAUAACAUAAUACCAUACCAAUCUAGCAGUGGGUGCUAGGCAAGUGAGGUUACACAGUAUCUUCUUGAUUUAAGGGGUUUAUACCCCCAUAGGGCAAGUACACAAUCUGCUGUUUUCCUUUCUAUUGUAGCGUCAAUUGUACUACAGAGGGAACGGAGCAGCAAUGCAAUCAAACAUGGGAGUAGAAACCCUUCCACUAGAGUUUUUUUUUUUUUUCAAACCCUCCAAAGGAUUCAAACCAUCCUGUGAACCAACCAGUACUUGAACAUGGGCUACUGUCCUUAUUUUAUCAACAAUGUCACUUAUUUUCUUUAUCAUCAAUUUCAAGGCAAAAAUUAGACGAAUUUAAAUUUUCCAUACACCCCCUUCAGUGGCUAACAAAUAGUCUAAAGCUAGGCAGUUCUGAUAAAUAGCAGACCGCAUUUUGGUAUUCUAUUUGGCAAAAAGAUUGAGGGCUUUUGCAGUUUCAUUGGUCACAAUCUCAACUACAGCUUGUAACCUGAUUAUUCGAUUCAACAUGUAGAUAGGGGUACGACAACUAUAAGUCCCAUGAUAAGCUCAUGUAGCGGAACUAUAGUAGUCAAUUAUACAUUCAGGGUGUGACGAAAUCCACUUCGCCACUGGUUUUUGGAUACCCUUGUUUGCCAGGCUCCUAACCUGGGACUAUGGGCCCUGUGAUAACCCAUGUUCAAAAGUACUGUUUCUGCCCCUUGGACUUUUAAUUGGAACAGAUUCAAACGUGGUGGCGGCCAUCUUAAAUUGUCCAGCAGUGUUUUGUCGUUGAGUGUAUGGAACUGUUUUGGGCAUGGGACCAUGUGCACAGUGGGGCAAAAAUAAGACUUCCAGGAAAUUCCUGAACCGAUCUGGAUUAUUUUUGGAUAUGUUGUUCACCCAGAUUGGGGCUAUCAGGGGAUAUGUUGUAUUUUGGGGUUUGUAAAAAUGUAUGUUUUUUCUGUUUAGAUUGAGUUAGCCUAUUGUCUUUGCUAAUUGUAUCACAGGCAGAGGGGAGGGAUUGUGUGCUGUAAGUGGGAGUGCUGGACAUUGUUGUAUUGUUCUGAUUGAUUUGUGUGCCUGUGUUCCAUCAGGUCUAAGGGGUGUGCCUCUGGUCUGAGGAAUUGUAUAUAAGCAAACCUGUACUAAUAAAGCCUCAGACUAGUCUUGGCUCAUGUUUGGGGGAUUUGGAGAACUACCUACACCCCAGAGUAUAAUCACUAGCUCUUGUAAGAGCUGUUCCUGCUCUCUGGACUAAGAGAGGUCUGGAAGCUGGAUCCUGGUCUUGGGUCCAGAGUGGGUGGAAGGCGGCGAGACCCCAACCAAGCUGCGGCGGUUUGUGGGGUCUGCGGUGGUUAUGGUGUCUAGAGAAGUGCUUGGGGCCCUUGGGAAGCACUAGGAGCAUCCGUCAACCAAGGUACCCAAUCAGGGUGCCAGGCGAUCCGUUACACAGGGGGCCACUUAUUAUUUUUCCAUUAACCCAACAAUGCCCUUUGCUGCCUUAAAGGCUAUUCAUACACCAAGGAACCAAGUGACUCGCCCUCCCUUAGGGAAAGGUUUCAAAGUUCCUAGAACACAGGCUCCCGACCAAUCUCUGGGAAGUUUAGAGUAGGCCUUAAGGCCACAAAAUCCAAUACAUAUUAUUAGGUGCUAUCUAAGUGGACCCUGCAGACAAAUUGGUUCCUACACCUUUUAGAUGUUGGUAAUUACCAAAGGGACUAGGCGAUGGUUCAGAUGCAUUGGUUGCAGAACACCAGAAAGUGGUUCUAUCAAAAGAAUUCUACGUUUGCUGCCCUAGACACACGUGAGAGUACAUACAAAAGUCUCAAAUUCAGGACCAGAUCUGCUUAUGCACACAUUCCCAAUUAUGGAGGUCAUUAGCAACCAUUAAAAUUUUGGGUUGGGGUACUGUGUCUCCCCCUCUCCCUGCUGUAGUGCCAGCAAGUCUGUCUCACGUGCUUCCCAGGGCCACUGAUCACCCAUAUUGGUGCCACCACAUACAUAGCAACUAGUUACAUUUAGGGAUCGUACUAUGUUUUUAGCUAGGUCAAGGAACAAAUUAUGAGUGGUAUGGGAAUUUUCAAUCUAGAAUCCCAUUUCUUCUUAAAAAGAUUGAAAAACCUGGUGGGUCUCACUAUUUAAGACUUCAAUUUCAAUAUUCAAAUGUGGUAUGGUUCCCGGGCCUGUACUGGAAGCAUAUAUCUGCAGACCAUGGAAGGUGCCCCAUUUGUAUAGGAAUAUCAGGGGAUUAAACAGUUCAAGGGGUUACAGGGGCCAGGACCACAACUAGCUGUGGCCGACAUUGUCAGCAGACUCACAGAUAGGGUAUCUGAUUUAUAGGUUCCUCAACUCACACAACUUCAGUAGGAGCAAUGGUUAUACCCACCAUCUAUGCAAUCCCUUUUCUUUGGGCACAUCUACUUAUUGUUUAACGUAUGAGUUCUAUCCCAUGCCAUCUCAGUACAGAUAGGCUCAGGUCAUUUAUUCAAUAUUAAUAUCACCAUAAACUCAAGAUGAGCAGACGAUCCUGAAGAAGCUUCAACCGUGGGUCGACACCUAAGCUCCCGAAUGUGAGGGCUGCAGGGUAGGAGUACUUCUGAUUCUGUUUGGCUGAAUGAAUGUUAUCUUAAAUUCUUACCUUUGGGGCUCCUCGGCUUUCCAUCGAUGGCAGGUGGUCAGGCAUUAUUAUGGCCAUCAAAACACCUACUUGUUUAUAUUUUGUCCAACAAGUAUCUUUAUUCGCUUAAAAUGGAGUUUCAAAGGGUUGUCAGGAUCAACAAACGUUACUUCUCAUGGAGCAGAGGCAGGCUUGAUUCUGGAGUGGUGAAUCCACUCUCAUCAACUUUUACGCUGUACUACUUGGCAUGUGAUCUCUCCUUUUUGGUGGAUGUGACGGACCGCUGGCACUCCGACCGAGUACCUCUGCCAAUCGAUGCUCUUUCCACCAUUAGCACUGCAUACCCCACUUCCAGCGAUGCAGCUGCACCGGGGUCUCGCCGUCCUCCACCCACCCUGGACCCAGCUAUCAGUGGGUAGACCUCUCCUUUUCGAGAGAGCGUAGCAGGAAUUUUAUGUUAUUAUAGGGAUAUCCCAGGCUCCCACACAUGUUAGAUGCACUAAGUGGGUUUAUGUUAUUAAAGGGAAAUUCAGCAGUUAUCUAACAUUUCAUUAAAUUACCUACACUAAGCCUGACGAUGCCCACCCAUCCUGUAUUUUAUUUAUCUACAAAAACAUGGCACCAAGCCUUCAGCGAUGGCUCCAUCAUUUACUGUCAUACACCCCAUCCAUAUUCUUUCAUUAUUGUACUCUCAUAUGGUGUACAGUAAAAAUAUAUCGCCCGGCUAUUGGAUAUUACAUAUUGAUAUGAUGCACCAUGGGGUAAAAUUUCCUUUUGUAGUUUGUAGAUAUGCUGUAAAACAAAUUACUUUUUUUUUUUUCUUUUUUAUGUACUAAAAGCUAGGCAGCGUGCAUUAGAACAUUAAAGAGAAAUGGACACUCUUUUAGAAGUGACCGUUCUUCCGUUCUCUCACCAGUGCUGUGUUUACAGUAGUGGUUAAUGCAGAGGAGGUAAGCAGAAACACACUAACCUGUACUGACUUUAGGCUAAAGGGACACUAUGGGCACCCAGACCACUUCAUCUCAUUGAACUGUUCUAGGUUGGGUGUCCCUGUGCCCAUUUGUCCUGCAACGUGAAACAUGUAUUAGAGUAUCUGCAUUGUUUACGUUGCAGUUCUAAGACUGCCUCUAGUGGCUGUCUGGUGAAACAAUGCUGAACGUCCUAACGCUCUGCAUGAGUAAGUCCAGCAUCUUUAAAAUCUCCAUAGGAAAGCAUUGAUUCAAUGCUUUUCUAUGGGAAAGACCUAAUGCACUCUGGACACUUGCUGCUCUUACACUUUAGGUUCCCCCAAUCGAAUGACGUCAGAGGAGGCUGAGUACUGACCCAGCGCCGAGGGACCUCUGUGCUGGAAUUAGGUAAGUGAACAAAAGGUUAUCUAACCCUUUACAAUGAUGGUAGGGGGCUGCAGGGGCCGAGGAACAUCUUUAUCUUUGUAUUCCUAACCCUAAAGUUUUAUUUUCUACACUGAAAAACUGUGUGCGCUCAGCAUUUUCAAUGCCUAUAUGUGCGCAUUUGUUACUGCAGGGUUUUCGUAUGUCUUGUUUGUUUCACUUUCACCUCUCAAAAACAUAGUUGUCAAACAGAGAUACGGAAAUCUAAUAUUAAAAAUGAUUUAAAGCAAGGAAUACAUAGCUGCAUCACAUACCACAGGAAUUCUGAUUACAGUUUGAUUUGCAGGCAAAUAUAAACAUUUACAUUUUGUUAAUUUACACAAUUUUAUUUUUCAUUUAUUAAUUUAGCCUGUAUAAACAUUUGUGAAAUUAAAAUCUUUUAGACAGUAUAGAGUGUCCUUUAUCUUGCAGUAUUUUACACAGAGUUUGAAAUGUUAGUAUAGGGCCAAAAUUAAAUUUUUCUCACAUAGGGUCGAUGUGACAAAAAAUAGAUAAGUAUAAAGGAUCAAAUUACUUAUAGUUCUUUGUAAAAGCCCUGAGAGCAUUACUAACAGUACAGCUUACUGAAAAUGGCAACAGAAUGUAAAAAAAUGCCCACAUACUGUAGAGACAGUUAAAUAUAUUUCUAAAAUAAAGGUAAUGAAAACUGCUAUAGCAAUAUUUUUCAAUCUCUGGAAUGUUAAUUUAAUGCUGACAGUAAAAUAGUAGAGUACAUUCACUUCUUCCUCCUCCCUGACUGCAGGACUGGUAUGACCCAUUGAAGUUUCCUGUACAGUUCGGAAGCAGGGGGUGAGCUGACAUUUUCCGUGACUAGUCAAUACCUCUGAAGCAUCCUAUUUAGGACAUACAGUCCCUAUUUUACGUUCAAGUCCUUAUGCCCCUCUUUUCUAGGAUCUACAUAUUGAUGGUGUGUCUGAGUAUAUAACAGCUCUACAGCAAUAAUACUCCCAGUAAUGUGUCUUUAAACUACAAUAAAUGCAUUUAGAAAUCAGUCCAUGUAAAUAGGAUACAUUGUUCUUGUUCUAAAUAACAUUUUACUUGUAUGAAUUGUUAUUAGUUAGUGACUUCAAAUUUCUCAGAACAGCCCUGCCCACACACCCCACUCAUUCUCAGAACAGCCCCUCUCCCCCUCUGUUCACACCUACUCACACACAGAACAAUCCCACCCCUGGCCACACCCCCACUCAUUCUCAGAACAGCCCUGCCCCUGGCCACACACCCCACUCAUUCUCAGAACAGCCCCUCUCCCCCUCUGUUCACACCUACUCACACACAGAACAAUCCCACCCCUGGCCACACCCCCACUCAUUCUCAGAACAGCCCUGCCCCUGGCCACACACCCCACUCAUUCUCAGAACAGCCCCUCUCCCCCUCUGUUCACACCUACUCACACACAGAACAACCCCACCCCUGGCCACACCCCCACUUAUUCUCAGAUCAGCCCUGCCCAUGGCCACACCACCACUCACACCCCUAAAAUUAAAGUGUCCCUCUCUCCAUGUAAAAUAUUGGGGUGGGAGGUAUGCUAUUGGCUUCUGGCAGAGAAUUCUGUUUUUCAAUUUAGGUAUCCAAGGGCUAAAUACUUUGAUGCUAUUUUAUAUAUUUCUUCUUCCCAAGCAUCUGCUUCAUUAGAUAAAGCAUGUAUGACCCACAAAUAGAAUUAUACUUUUUUAACGACCUCCCAUGAGCAUCAGCCCAGAAAUAAGAAACUCUGCUACUUUUUAUUUUUUUUUUGGAUGCAAAUGUUUAUUGUGAAUAUGUUACAAAUCAUGUUUCUUUUUCCUGAAAUAAGAUUAUCUGUCUGCUGGGUUCCCAGAUUAUGUGUUAAAAUCCCCAUUUUCCCAGAGAAUAUUUAGAUAGAUCCAUUCAUGCUGCACAAGGGGACUGUUCACAUGAGCAGGCAGUGUGUGCUUCUACGAGGUGUGUGAAGUCCUCGGCCUUCUCCAGUUUCAUUGGUCCCUCGGCCAGGUCCAGCGUGGCGUCUGCAGAGGAAGAGUGAGAACAGUGAGAAAGUCGUGGUCAAUAAAAGAUGGUCCGUGGAAUAAUACCUAUCUGUGUCACCCCUGAACGAAUACAAUGGGCCAACAUUUUGCAAACGUAGGACUGUAGGCCCGCAAUAAGGAUUUACUAUGAACCAAGCACUGAGCUCGAGGUACUCACCUGCUGGCAAGCAAUGGAAGCCUGAAGAUACUUCAAUUGUUUUAAUCGGCAUGCAGCCUUUGGCACACAGAAGAAUGGGCUGAACGGAAUAACAUUUUGGCUUCUCUUCCUCGCUCUCAAGAUCCAUUUUCACAAUUGAACGUUGCAAAUGGCACCCUGUAAUAACGAAUGUAUCACUGCAUUGCACAGUGCCAUAGAAUACGCUAAUGCACACACAGUCUCUCUCUCUGCAUUAUAAAAGAAAUCUAUGCAAUGGAUACCUUCAGAGCACGACUCUGCCGGGAGAAUCCAGGAAUGAAUUAAGCUGAUCUGAUCUUUUGCAAUCGAUCCAUCUGGCAUCUUGAAUUGCUGUUCUGUCUCAUCGUCAUUCUGGCCACAAAUACCACACAUCUUGGCCUUCAUCCACAGGGUCGGCCUCACCUGUAAUCAUAAUGAUAGCAUGUAUAGUUGCUGUCUUCAUUGACCGCCAAGUCGUAUUGUCUCAUAUGAGACUCUCUCAAACCUGGGCUGCAAGAUUGUGUGGUUAUGAUAAUCUUAUCACAUUAUCUAGGCUGGAUGGGGACAUUUAGCUUUUGCUAUUUUCCAAGUACAUCCUAAUCUUAGUAUUUACAAUGUGUAACCUAUUAGAAGACAGAGAUAUAAAAAAAAUCCAAAUCAUAUUCAACAACAAAAAAAAUGUUUAAAGGAAGCUCUGAUUUCAAAAUGUAUAAUAUAUAUAUUUGUCUCUUUUUUUAUUUUUUUUUUAUUUUAAGUGUUCCAUGACUUUAAAAAUAUCCGUAAAAUGUAGUAGUAACCCAGGGCCGAGACACUCUCCUGGCUGCCACUCUACGUGAAGUCAUAUCCUAUUACAUGCUUGUCAUAGAAAUACAGUUUGUGUGUGCCGGCACACGGCCAUAGAAUAGAUUGACAUAUUUAAUGUGUUUUAAGGUGAGAAUUUAAAUUUAAGGCCAGAGUAGCUGACUAAGAGAAUGUUUCCAGUUUGGCUAUUGUGACUUUAAAUUGGAAACUCACUUUGAAUUCACCUUUAAUUCUCACUAUAGUUAACAAACCUGUUUGUCUAAAACCCAGGUGGCCACAAGAUCCACGAUAAUUACUUUAGUUAAAGGGACACUAUAGUCACCAGAACAACUACUGCUUAUUGUACGGCAAACAGCUUAUUGUACAGUAUACAGCGUAAUGUACUGUAUACAGCUUAAUGCACGGUAUACAGUUUAGUGUACGGUAUACAGCGUAAUGUACAGUAUACAGCUUAUUGUAUAGUGUACAGCGUAAUGUACAGUAUACAGCUUAUUGUACAGUAUACAGCGUAAUGUGUAGUAUACAGCUUAUUGUAAGGUAUACAGCUUAAUGUACGGUAUACAGUUUAAUGUACAGUAUACAGCUUAAUGUACAGUAUACAGCUUAUUUUACGGUAUACAGCUUAUUGUAUUUUCUCUGGUGAGUAUAAUCAUUCCCUUAUGGCUUUUUGCUAUAAACACUGUUAGUUUCAGAGUGCAUUUACAUUACAGCCUAGGGAUACCUCCACUGGCCACACCUUAGAUGGCUGCUAGAGGUGCUUCCUGGGGCAGUGCUGCACAGUGUGACUGACAUUCAGUGUCUCUGCCCUCUGCAUGCAGACACUGAACAUUCCCCAUAGAGAUGCAUUGAUUUGAUUUAUCUCUAUGAGAAGAUGCUGAUUGACCAGGGUUGUUUUUGGGUUGUGCUGGCUCUACCCUUGAUCUGCCUCCUUUACAGUCUCAGCCAUUCCAUUGUAAUUGGCUGAGAUCAACACUUCCAUUUGUGUCAGCCAAGGAGGCGGAUCAGGGGCAGAACCAGCAGCAGUAGACCAGAAUAAAUGUAAGAUUUUACUAUAUUUAGGGAGAAGGGGGGGGCAGGGAAGCUAGAUGGUAUUUUUAACACUAGAGGGUCAGGAAUACAUGAUUGUUUUCCUGACCCUAUAGUGUUCCUUUAACAACAGCAAGGCUGCAGCAUCUGUGCCUCCCAAUGAUUUAUUUACAGAGGUUUCAAAAAGGUCUAAUUAAACAGUGGGUAACUGCUUGCAUUUUCUAAUCUCAGUGAUCAAACUGUGGAAAUGCUGUCUUUGUUUUAGGAUGUAACAAUACCUGCAGAAUCUUCAGUAAAGCCUGCUUCGGGCUUCAUAAAUAUUUUCUAAUUAUUAAAAGGAAUACCUUGAAUGUUACUCCAUCAAAAGCAAUUUCUUCAACACCGUAAUCCGGUGCUAACAGAGAUAUUCCAUUUUCCUUUUUGUGAAUCUCGACAGUUGGUUCUACGAAAGAAAAUAUGAUUACUUUUAUGCAGCAGUGUAUAGAAAUUUUAAGUAAAGUCACUGUAUAAUUCUCACUGUUUGAAUGAAUGUUAUCUUAAAUUCUUACCUCCAUGUGAUUUAUACGGGAGAUGCUCCUCUAAUAAAUCUAAUCCAUUAAUUGUCAUUUUCAUAGAACCAGACAAGUUGAGCAUGUUGAUUUCGCUGAGCGUGAGGAAACAGAAUAUUAGCCAGAAUCUUUCACAGUCAAUAUAUGUCUGAAACAUUGUAUCUCGCUCAUCAUUCCAAAGCAGUUAUUAUGAAAUAGUUAUAUAAUGACAUAAAAUUAAUAAAAUAGCAAUAAUCAAGCAAUAAAUUACUUACUAAGUGCCGAUUUUGACAUUAAUAACCUUUUGGUCUGGGGAGCCUUGGACUUUUUUCAUCAAGACCAUAAAUUUGAAUUCAUCGCUACAGUCUUGGGCCAGGACAUGUAAGCAGUUGUCAGGUAAAGCAAGUGCUAAAUUGACCCCGUUGAAAGUGGUAAUUUCAUUAUGGGAUACUUUGCAUUCACCUGUAUUAUAGAAACAGGUAUUAGUUGUGUGAAAUUGCUGUUUUACAAUAAGUCAUGGCUUUAAAUUCCAUUCAAAAUGUAAUUCCACCUUGUAGGCCUUCAAUGAACCUCUGGGGGAUUUCGGAGAUCAUGCCCAAUGUAGGAGCAAGCAUGGUGGCUUCUUUAAAAGGAAAACGAGCUGGGAUGGGCAGAGGUAGCUUCAAGGCUCUGGAAUACAGUGUUGCCUACAGUCGGAAAAGGGAGUUAAUCAAUCAGUCAUAAUGUGUGAAAAGAAUAUAAGCAAGACAUUAAUUAAAUUUGAUGAUUUGUAUUACUAUUUAUAUAUAGAAAACUGAUUCCAUAGCACUGUCCAAUAGGCCAGUAGGUGGUGAGGGCCUUGCUCUAACAAGCUUAUAUUUUAUUGAUUUCACAAUCUCCUUAUACAUACAAGAAUAUUGUUACCUUGGGCACUUUGAGUACGAUAUCAAAAGUUCGUGGAGAGCUUAGGGCGACAAUGACUUUGGCCUGAUGAGAUGGGUUUUUCCGGUUGUCCUGGGAGAAUCCCAAUAUGUAUGCAACACCGGGAAGAUAUUCAGACAGACUGUAAAGGAGUGACAGAGCCUGUAUGUGACCGUUCAAUACAAAUACAUUUCCUCUAUGAUCUAGGCACUAAGUAAAUGGUAAUUAUGACCUAUAUCUAGAAAUAAAGACAUUUUUAUGCCUCGAAUCUUCUCAUACUUACUAUUUGCUGACUGACUUCAUUUUGGGAGGGAUUUUAGGCCAGUUCACAGUUACUUUCAGUGCUGGCUGGUGACCAAAGUGGCCAGUUUGGGCUUCGGUAAUGAUCUUGUAAUCUUGGCAGUUCUGACCCCACUUUAGCGUUGCCUAAAAUAACCCAAAUAUCAAAAUGUUAACUUGUAUGCAAUACACUGUAACAGUACCUGUGUCAUUCUGUUUAGCUAUGCCUACUCUAUGUGCUUCGACCAUUAAUCAGAUGCUACCAUACUGCAACAUGAGCAUCGGAAUUCUGGUAUAGGGAUUACAUUGUCUACUGGCCCCUCUUGAUUCGAACUGACCUUGGCUUUCUGACCACUUUUGUCAUUUCACCUGUUAGCACAACGUUAGGACUCAUGACAGUGAAGGCACAUGAUAUGCAUCAAAUAGCUAAAAUGACAAUGAAGGGGGAAGUUAUCAUCAUGGGUGACUUUAAUCUUCCUGAUGUAAAUUGGAAAACAAAAUUAGCUACUUGUGCCAGGAGCACACAUAUUCUAAACUCCCUACUGGGAUUGUCUCUAAAACAAGUUGUUGAGGAGCCAACUUGUAAAGAGGCCAUACUAGAUUUAGUGUUAACAAAUGGAGAUUUGGUAUCAGAUAUUACUGUAGGUGAAAGUUUAGGAUCCAGUGAUCAUCAGUCAGUGUGGUUUAAUAUAAGAACAGUGACUGAGUCACACCACACAAAAACAAAAGUUUUAGACUUUAGAGAAACAGACUUUUCUCAAAUUAGAAUAUGGGUAGAGGAGUCAUUAUCAGACUGGAGCAAUUUAAAUGGAGUCCAAGAGAAAUGGGAUUAUUUAAAAGUUGCACUAUUGAAGGCAACAGAAAACUGCAUUAGGCUUGUCAGUAAAAGCAAAAAAUUCAAGAAACCACUGUGGUACUCCGCAGAUGUGGCCAAAAUAGUUAAAAACAAAAAGUUAGCAUUUAGGAAUUAUAAAAAAACCCAGAGUGAGGAAGACAAAAUGAUCUAUAAGAUUAGGCAGAAAGAGGCUAAGCAAGUUAUAAGAGCUUCCAAAUCACACACAGAAGAGAAAAUAGCACAGUCAGUAAAAAAGGGGGAUAAAACAUUUUUUAGAUAUAUAAAUGAGAAAAGAAAAGUAAAACAAGGAUUAGUUAGAUUAAAAACAAAAGAAGGAAGGUAUGUAGAAGAGGAUAAAGGUCUAGCUGACUGCCUCAAUUAAUAUUUUUGUUCUGUAUUUACAGAUGAAAAUGAAGGAAAGGGACCUCAGUUGAGAAAAAGGAUAACUGAGUCAUUUAUUACACGUGAGUUUAUAGAGGAGGAGGUUCUAUUUCAACUGUCAAAAGUAAAGACAAAUAAGUCAAUGGGACCUGAUGGAAUACACCCAAAGCUAUUAAAAGAGCUUAGUGGUGUACUAGCAAAACCAUUAACAGAUUUAUUUAACCAAUCAUUGUUAACAGGAGUAGUCCCAGAAGAUUGGAAGUUAGCGAAUGUUGUGCCCAUUUACAAGAAAGGUAAUAGGGAGGAGUCGGGCAACUAUAGGCCAGUAAGCCUUACUUCAGUAGUGGGGAAAGUGAUGGAAACCAUGUUAAAGGAUAGGAUUGAUGAACAUCUAAAAACACAUGGAUUUCAAGAUCAGAGACAACAUGGGUUUACUUCAGGGAGAUCAUGCCAAACUAAUCUUAUUGAUUUUUUUGAUUGGGUAACUAAAAUUAUAGAUCAGGGUGGUGCAGUAGACAUUGCUUACCUAGAUUUCAGUAAGGCUUUUGACACUGUUGCACAUAGAAGGCUUAUCAAUAAACUGCAAUCUUUAAGUUUGGAUUCAAAUAUUGUUGAAUGGGUAAGGCAGUGGCUGAGUGACAGGCAACAGAGGGUUGUAGUUAAUGGAAUAUAUUUGAAGCUUGGACUUGUCACCAGUGGGGUACCUCAGGGAUCUGUACUUGGACCCAUUCUCUUUAAUAUUUUUAUUAGUGAUAUUGCAGAAGGUCUUGAUGGUAAGGUAUGUCUUUUUGCUGAUGAUACUAAGAUAUGUAACAGGGUUGAUGUUCCAGGAGGGAUAAGCCAAAUGGCAAAUGAUUUAGGUAAACUAGAAAAAUGGUCAGAAUUGUGGCAACUGACAUUUAAUGUGGAUAAGUGCAAGAUAAUGCAUCUUGGACGUAAAAACCCAAGGGCAGAGUACAGAAUAUUUGAUAGAGUCCUAACCUCAACAUCUGAGGAAAGGGAUUUAGGGGUGAUUAUUUCUGAUGACUUAAAGGUAGGCAGACAAUGUAAUAGAGCAGCAGGAAAUGCUAGCAGAAUGCUUGGUUGUAUAGGGAGAGGUAUUAGCAGUAGAAAGAGGGAAGUGCUCAUGCCAUUGUACAGAACACUGGUGAGACCUCACUUGGAGUAUUGUACACAGUACUGGAGACCGUAUCUUCAGAAGGAUAUUGAUACCUUAGAGAGGGUUCAUAGAAGGGCUACUAAACUGGUUCAUGGAUUGCGGGAUAAAACUUACCAGGAAAGGUUAAGGAUCUUAACAUGUAUAGCUUGGAGGAAAGACGAGACGGGGGGAUAUGAUAGAAACAUUUAAAUAUAUAAAGGGAAUCAACACAGUAAAGGAGGAGACUAUAUUUAAAAGAAGAAAAACUACCACAACAAGAGGACAUAGUCUUAAAUUAGAGGGACAAAGGUUUAAAAAUAAUAUCAGGAAGUAUUACUUUACUGAGAGGGUAGUGGAUGCAUGGAAUAGCCUUCCAGCUGAAGUGGUAGAAGUUAACACAGUAAAGGAGUUUAAGCAUGCGUGGGAUAGGCAUAAGGCUAUCCUAACUAUAAGAUAAGACUAGGGACUAAUGAAAGUAUUUAGAAAAUUGGGCAGACUAGACGGGCCGAAUUGUUCUUAUCGGCCGUCACAUUCUAUGUUUCUAUGUUUCUAUCUAUCCUACUAUUCUGCUAUACAGGAUAGCCAUGGAUUCAAAUUUUGCAUGCUGGCUUGCCUUCACAACCAGACAAUUGCAAUAAAUUAAUUCCACAAGUGAUACAUAUAUAUAUAAAUAUACCCGUGCUUCGUGUGGAUUCAGGACAGCAGCAUUCAAACAUGCUCUCCAUUUGCUGGUCUUUGAGAUGUCCACCACAUAGAUCUGGACCCGAGGUUUAUUCACUUGGUAAUCUCCAUAGACAAUCACUUGGAAUCCCUGGGACUUCUUGUCAUUGCGAACGGCCUUGGCAGUGACAACCAGCAACGGAUUACUGUUGUCACCAAUAAAUUUAGCCUAAAUAAAUUAAAUCAAAGCCAGCAAUUAGUAUGCUUUUAAUAAUAAUAUUAGUGGGCUACAAAAAAAACACAAGGAACCUUAUCCUCACCGAGCGUCUAGAAGUAGAACGACGACUGGAAGAGGAAGAAGAUACUGCGCGUGGUCUGCUGGCAGUCUGCUGCUAAAACCAGUAAUACAUGUAACAAAAUUAUUAAUGCGAUAAAUAUAGUGUAUCAUAUGUCAUACUGGGAUUUCAGCUGUUUGAGGUCACCAUUACAGCAUUGUGGGUCGUAUCUUUACAUUCUGAUCAUUUAGUCGAGUUACUUUAAUAUCUCCAGUUGCAUCAAUAAAUUAUUAAAGGAAAUUGAAUCUUACACAAAGAACUUUCCAUGUAAAUAAAGUAUCAACGCUGGAUGGUUUUUAACUACAGUUUACUAUAAUUUAAGGUUUUUUUGGUUUUUUUUACAGCAAUAAUUAUGUCCGAUAAUUAUGGAAAAUGUGUCAAAUGAUUCAGCCCCCAUAAGGCUAUGGCUUCCUAUGAAUAGUGUUGAGAGCUAGUAACAGACUAAAUGGAUCGCUAUGGUUUCAAGCCUUUUUCAUUUUUUUAUGUGAGAUUAUGUGAAAAGGGUUAGUUUGAACCAAGUACUUUAUAUAGAUAAUUUAUACGACAAUGUAUAUUGAUGUUUGCAGUACUGCUUUGCUUGUUUUGUUGCUAAGUAAUUACAAACGUUAUUAAAACAGACCAAAACAUGGCCUUGACUGUUUGUAUGACCCAAUGGAUUUAUUGGGCUGACCACUGGAAGAGCAGGAGCAGCACCUUUUCAGAAAGCAGCAACAUCUGUAACCAGAUUAAUUAAUUUUCUGCCCUUUUUAUGGGUCUUGUCCUAAAAGGAGCAAAAUUGUUAACUUACCCAGACUCUAUUUCCUCGGCGGAAUUUAAGGUCAUAAAAUUCUCUAUAGUGCUGCAACAAGAAGAGGCAAUACAGAAAAAUAUGUUAACUACAACCACUUCAUUUUAUAAUUAUCUACAUGUGCGAGCACAGAAUGCAUCAUUCACACUGUGCGAGCACAGAAUGCAUCAUUCACACUCUAUGAGCACGGAAUGCAUCAUUCACACUCUAUGAGCACGGAAUGCAUCAUUCACACUCUAUGAGCACGGAAUGCAUCAUUCACACUCUAUGAGCACAGAAUGCAUCAUUCACAGUGUGCGAGCACGGAAUGCAUCAUUCACAGUGUGCAAGCACGGAAUGCAUCAUUCACACUCUAUGAGCACGGAAUGCAUCAUUCACCCUCUAUGAGCACGGAAUGCAUCAUUCACAGUGUGGAGGCACGGAAUCAAUCAUUCACAGUGUGCGAGCACGGAAUGCAUCAUUCACAGUGUGCAGGCAUGGAAUGCAUCAUUCACACUCUAUGAGCACGGAAUGCAUCAUUCACAGUGUGCAGGCACGGAAUGCAUCAUUCACAGUGUGUAGGCACGGAAUGCAUCAUUCACAGUGUGUAGGCACGGAAUGCAUCAUUCACAGUGUGCGAGCAAGGAAUGCAUCAUUCACAUUCUAUGAGCAUGGAAUGCAUCAUUCACACUGUAUGUGCACAGAAUGCAUCAUUCACAGUGUGCGAGCACGGAAUCCAUCAUUCACAGUGUGCGAGCACAGAAUGCAUCAUUCACAGUGUGCGAGCACGGAAUGCAUCAUUCACAGUGUGCGAGCACAGAAUGCAUCAUUCACAGUGUGCGAGCACGGAAUGCAUCAUUCACACUCUAUGAGCACGGAAUGCAUCAUUCACACUCUGUGAGCAUGGAAUGCAUCAUUCACACUGUAUGCGCACAGAAUGCAUCAUUCACAGUGUGGAGGCACGGAAUCCAUCAUUCACAGUGUGCGAGCACGGAAUGCAUCAUUCACAGUGUGGAGGCACGGAAUCCAUCAGGCACGGAAUGCAUCAUUCACAGUGUGUGAGCACGGAAUGCAUCAUUCACAGUGUGCAGGCACGGAAUGCAUCAUUCACAGUGUGCAGGCACGGAAUGCAUCAUUCACAUGGUAUGAGCACAGAAUGCAUCAUUCACACUGUAUGAGCACAGAAUGCAUCAUUCACAGUGUGCAGGCACGGAAUGCAUCAUUCACAGUGUGCAGGCACGGAAUGCAUCAUUCACAGUGUGCAGGCACGGAAUGCAUCAUUCACAGUGUGCGAGCACGGAAUGCAUCAUUCACAGUGUGCAGGCAUGGAAUGCAUCAUUCACAGUGUGCAGGCAUGGAAUGCAUCAUUCGCAGUGUGCGAGCACGGAAUGCAUCAUUCACAAUGUAUUAUUAUUAUUGCCAUUUAUAUAGCGCCAACAGAUUCUAUAGCGCUUUACAAUAUUAUGAGAGGGGGAAUUUAACUAUAAAUGGGACAAUUACAAGAAAACUUACAGGAAAAAUGGGUUGAAGAGGACCCUGCUCGAACAAGCUUACAGUCUAUAGGAGGUGGGGUAUAAUACACAUUAGUACAGGAUAUAGAAAUCAAAAUAGGUGGGAAUGAAGCAGAGCUGGAGGAGAGAGUAGAGUGCUGCUCUUUAGGAGAGCACAAGAGACAGGUAUGUAAGGUAGAGGUUAGUCUGGGAGGCCAUAAGCUUUCCUAAAGAGAUGGGUUUUAAGGCACUUCUUAAACGAUUGAAGACUAGGGGAGAGUCUGAUGGGGUAGGCAGGCUAUUCCAUAGGAAAGGAGCCACCCGCGAGAGGUCCUGCAAACGCGAGUUGGCUGUACGGGUGUGAGCAGCGGUCAGGAGGUGGUCACGGGCAGAGCAGAGAGACAGAGGAGGGGCAUACCUAUGGAUCAUUGAAGAGAUAUCAGAGGGGCUAGAAUUGUUCAGUGCUUUAUAGGUAUGGGUUAGCACUUUGAAUUGACUCCUAUAGCAUACAGGGAGCCAAUGUAAGGACUGGCAGUAUGUAUGAAUUCAUUGUAGGGGAACACUAUAUAUGAUGCAGGAUUGUCCUUUGUAAAGAUCACAUGGACUUCUUAUUUAGGGCAAAGUUCUAAUUACCUUGGAUCCUUGUCUGCUGCUGCUGCUGCUGCUACUGCUGCUACUGCCGCUGCUGCUACUACUCCUGCUGCUGCUGCUGCUGCUACUACUACUACUGCUCCUUCUGCUGCCACUACUACUGCUGCUGCUGCUACUGCUGCUACUACUGCUUAUUCUGCCAGGACGUCUUUUGGAAUGGUCUUGGUGAUGAGGUAUGUUUCUUCGGGAAUCAUCUUGAUGUGUGACCACUCCAUCAAUUCCCUUGCUGCUACCUUCAUUUCUCCUGUUUUUAUUUCUGGCCUCUUUUCCAAGUCUGCUGAUCCUGCUACUACUGCUGCUGCUGCUGCUGCUGCUACUGCUCCUGCUGCUGCUGCUGCUGCUGCUGCUGCUGCUACUACUACUACUGCUGCUGCUGCUGCUACUUCUUCCACUUCUGCUUCCACUGCUGCUACUGCUGCUGCUCUGCCUUUUUUUGGGACUUUGAUGUGUUUUUCUUUGGUCUCGCUCUUGUUGGCGGCUGCUGCUGCUGCUGCUGCUUGACUUUUCAUUUGGACGUUUGUUUUGAUGCUGUUUGUUUUUGGAUCUCUCAGAAACGGAAGAUGAUGAGCUUGAUGAUGAAGAAGAUCUUGAGGAACUUGAUGAUGAUGAUGAUG